AUGGAACUCCUUUGUGUCUGGUUAUUUUUUGUUACCCCAUUGGUCAUCAGUGCUCUCCCAGUGGAACCAAAGGGGGAUAUUCGAAAGCAAGCAGCUACAGGUUAGUACAGAAUGAAGACUGAUAUUGAACUCCGCCUUUUACUGAAUCAAGCAGAAAACAUGAGAGGCUUAUUCACUAAACAGGAAAUUUAGUUGACACGGAGAAUUUUAAGCAAAUUUACAACACAAACUUCCAAUUUUUAGCUAACUUUCCCUGUUUGGCUACUUUAACCUAAAUGUUUCAAUUCCCUUCUCAUUUCUCCAUUUCUUUGUUUAGUGAAUACACCCCUUAUGUUAAGACCUUAUCAGAAUUUGCUGACAUAUGUCAAAUUAUUUCCAAAAUGUAACAUUUUGUUUUGCAGCAAGCAGCUACUUUAAGACAAGGCAUAACUUUUAUUUUUGUAUAAUUUUGCCAUCUGUGUUCAUAAUGUUACUAACAAUACUAUAUAUUCAUUUGAAAUGUGUACCUCACACACAAGCAUGUGCAGAAAACUGUAAUCUAUGCAAUGCACCAGUGACACUGCAUUAUCCUGGCACUCUGUAAAUAUAUGUAUUUUAAUAUGCUGUAAACCGACUGAUUUAGACCUUAUUAAAAUGAUAUUGUACAGGAAAUGGCAGCAACAGCUGAGAACAUGACUGGCGGUUAUGGUGAUCCUUCUAGGCAAGAGAUCCUGUUUGCUUAGGCAGGAUAUUUUCUCAUAUGCUUAAAGAUAUUCUCACUACCUCCUGCUCAGUACCUUACAAAAAAAAAAAAAAAAAAAUAUAUAUAUAUAUAUAAUCUCAUAUUACAUGAGUAAAAAGCGAACGUCAAGGACGUUCUGGUUAUUCCUACUAUUUUAUAUUUAGAAAAUAAUUGAUAUGUUAACAGGAUGUAUUUUCCCAACAUAACCUGUCUGUUGACAUCUCUACAUAUCAUUAACCCAUUAAGGAUGGAGGCAAUUGUACAAGUUCAGACCAAUACAAAACCACGAAAUUGAGCUAUAUUUAUUUAUUUACAAAAUAUUUUACCAGGAUGGAUACAUUGAGAUUUCUCUUGUUUUCAAGUAUUUCCUGGGUCCACAAAACAUAGUAUCGUUACAAUUGGAUACAAUAUUACAAAAAAUACAAUAUACAAACAUAUGACUGAGAGCAAAAUAUUGUUUUGUGUCAAACUGGGUACAGCAAACAGGCUCCUCCGUGGACCGCCUGUUCGGCCAAUGCUACAGUGAAGGAGGUGAGGCUGCAAAACAGGCAGGGGGGGCGGGGACACACACACACAAAAGAAGGGUACAGGUUGGGAGGGGGAGCAAAGAAGGCAUGAGGGGAGUGGGCAAAAGGAUACAGUGUAUUGGGGACAAAUGAAGGGCACAGGAGGUGAGGGCUGGUCAAAGAGACACCCAGAGGUGCCAUGGGGAGACAAAGAAACAGAGGGGCACAAAGAGACACACAGUAUAUGUGUGUGUGUUGGAAGGCCAUUUUGCCUGAAUUUGUGGGAGGAGUUAUGAUUCCUAUUUAAACACCUUCCACCCUACUUACCUUUGUCCUGCAGCUGUUUGUCUUCUCCAUAGCAACCAGCACUUCUGGUCCGUUGUUCCCUCCAAAGUCUCCAGCAAGCAGUCUGUCGCCAGCAGCUCCUGCCUCUGACUUCCGUGCCCGUCCACCGACUUCGCUACUUGCUACACAGCUUCCGGUCACGUAAGCAUAACGUGGGAAAUAGCAUUCAGCUAUUUCCCACGUUCUGGCCUAAAAAUGCGGAAAUAGGCUCCCUUCAUUACUUACUCUGUUCGUGAACUUCUGUAUUCAUGCGGCUAACAGCCGACCGCAGAGUACACACUCCUUUCAUUUGUAUUUUCAUAUAAUCUAACUACCGACCGCACUAAACAGACUUACGUUCGUCUAUUUCACCCGUUCGUUCGUUCAGCUGACUGCAUAUACAACUGAAUUUCAUUUAGUCUUUUGUAUGCAUAAUUUAACCGACCGCAGGAGUUCUUUUCUCUUUACAGUCCUCUCGUUCGUUCGUUUAGCCGAACGCAGGAGGCUUCAGUGUUUAAAUUCGCAAUCUACUGGUAAAUGUACCUAGUUAUGCCAUUCACUUAAACGAAAGCACUCACAUUAUCUUAUCCUAUAUGAAUUUAUGUGUUUUAUUAUAUGUCUCUUAAAGUCAUCACUGGUUAAAUAAUAAUUUCUAUGUUUCACUAAUUCCCGUCUAUGGUCAUAUAAUUAUGGGACACCUAUUUUUCACAGGGUAAUCUUCUUAAAGGCACAGUUUGGCCACAAUCACUUUUUAUAAGUUACGAUAAAAAAUACACCUUCAGGCACCAUUAUUUAACCCCGCUGGGACUUGGUCUACUGUACAGUCUCUCCCCUUUCCCUAAGGUAUUAGUCUUCUAUGCAACUAAGGUCGCUCCGCUCAUAGGUUAAACUCUUACGGUCCUUUUUUCACCAGGCUCAUUACAGACCAUUAGCAUGAUUUUAAAACGUCUGUUCCUUAAAGGACCACUACAGGCACCCAGACCACUUCAGCUUAAUGAAGUGGUCUGGGUGCCAGGUCCAGCUACGGUUAACCCUUUUUUUUUUUUUAUAAACAUAGCAUAGGGAAACUGAUAUGUUUAUAAUAGGGCUAAUCCAGCCUCCAGUGGCUGUCUCUUGACAGCUGCUAGAGGCGCUUGCAUGCUUCUCACUGUGAUUUUCACAGUGAGAAGACGCCAGCGUCCAUAGGAAAGCAUUGUGAAUGCUUUCCUAUGGACUGGCUGAAUACGCGCGCGGGUCCUGCCACGCAUUCAGCUGAAGAGGAGGAGGAGAGCUCCCUGCCCGGCGCUGGAGAAAGGGGUAAGUUUAACCCCUUCCUCUCCCCAGAGCCCAGCGGGAGGGGGUCCCUGAGGGUGGGGGCACCCUCAGGGCACUAUAGUGCCAGGAAAACAAGUGUUUUCCUGGCACUAUAGUAGUCCUUUAAAAGACCUUGUAUACUGGUUCCUUAUACUUAGAAUACAUAUGUUUUUAGGUUCUACUACUUUCCUCCAAACAGACUUCAAGAAGUGGUAUCCUAGUAUCCUGUAUUACUGUAUCAGGUAAGUAGGUUUAUCAGUUCUGUUUUUCCCCCUUGAGGCCUCAUUCAGCGUCCCCACCUCCCAAAGUGGGUUCUAAACUUCAAACGGGCCAGGUCUGAGAUUCCUCACUACGAUUUAAACAUCAAUCACACAAACUUACACCACCUUGUUACUACUUAUUUAACUGUACAUUUCUUGUCUAUUGUUUCUACAUUUCUUCACUCAAACCUGUGUCAUUACCGCAGUUUUGCCAAGUUAUAAGGCAUCAACCACCAACAGACUACCUGGUUCCCUGCAUUUCAGUAUCCGGUAUUGUUAAAUCUUACUCACUAUGAUUACGUUUCUCCUUAAAACCUCACUUUGCCUUCGUAUCAUUUAAAUUUCACAAUCGUGGGAACCCAGGGGGAUUGUCUCUACUUACGGACCAACGUUCAGGUCCCUCAUCGUACACUGGUUCUUACGUUACAGUUUCAUUAUUACACUAUACCCAUACGUUCGACAUUUUUACACUUGGCAUACCAGUGGCACGCCUCAGGCCCACUAGCAUCUAUAUUACCCUUAGAAUAUCUUCACCGGACCCGAUCCCUGCAGAAGCAAGAAUUUAUUGAAAUUUUCCUGCGCAUUGCCCAAAGAAAUAGGUCUAAUACCCAAGGUUAAGUAUCUACAUACGAUCAAUUACACCAUUCUAAGAGACAAGCCCCAUCAGGCUAGAGAACUAGCUCUAGUUCGCAAGGGCCGCCAGCUUACUCUUCAGAUUCCACUCAGGAGACCCUGGUCGCUAUCCUGGCCAACCUCCAAAUGAUCAACAACAGGCUGGCGAAAGUGGAAUCGGCUAUAGCCACACCAGGUGUCUCCUUAGGCCCGGCAGGCCCUCCCCUGGCGAUCUCGGUCAUACAGUCUGGCUUACCCCUCAUUUCCCCUCCCCCUCCUCCACCACCCACUAUCACUACUCCAUACAUCUCACUAGCCCACUUUGUUACAGACACUUCUUUGUUACAGACACUUCACCCCACACACUAGACAGGGAGGCAGGCAGAGGGCCAAGCUGGGCUGACCCAUUUAAUUUCUGGGCAGGGCUCGUGUGCGCAAUGACUUUAAUGUGGGGGUAUGCUAUUUCACUGCAUGCAGGGCAUUGCACAUCUGCUCCAUCUGAAUGCACACUCAGCUAGGCAUCUGGUAGAUUUUCUGGUGACCGGUUUCUCACAGGGGUUUCACACGGGCCUUAUCGCCAUCCCCACAGGUACUCGUAUGCCCUAACCUAUUAUCUGCAUCCAUUGACCCACUUACGCUGGACCACCUUCUGUCCACAGCAAUCAUACGCUGGUUUUACGAUCGGUCCUUUCCCGUCUUCACCUUUUCUCAUCUUGGCGUACCAAUCCCAUCAUGGUAAACAUUCACAAUACUCCAACAACGUAAUACGUUUGAUCAUAGACCUCUUCAGCACCACACUCUUCCUCCAUUCCCAGCAUCAACUCCCUCAUUCCCGCUGAGGCGUUCUCAAUGCACUACGCAAAUCGACGAUGCCAUGCAAGCUAUAAUUUCAGCAGGUAGUAAGGCUUGGUUGAGCAAGACAGCCAUAUCCAACGCCUUUAAACUGCUACCUAUUCACCCUUCAUUAUGGUACUUGCACAGUGUUAAAUGGAGGUAUAAGUAUUUUUCGCUACCCGGCUAAUGUUUUGCUCUAGGAGCAGCCCUAAGUUAUUAGUCAUCUUUGCAGAAGCCCUCUGCUGGCUGCUCCUAAAUAUAUUCAGGUGUACACCAUGUCAUCCACUAACUGGAUAAUUUUUGUUGUUUAAACAGGUUCACAAACACCUAACUGUGUUCACACCACCACUGCCUCUUUUUCACGACACUCGGGGUCCCUCUGUCACCAGGCAAACUCUCGGUCCCUCUACCAGGCUCGUUUUCUUGGGCAUAGUAUUGGACACCACUACCUUCCAAGCCAGCCUACCACCAGACGAACUGCCCCACAUUAGGAACGGAAUUGUUCUGUUCCUGCGGAGUGUUGCGUGCACUAGCAGGGAACUUCAGUCCUUAUUGUGGUCCCUCAACUUUGCAAUGCAUAUCAUUCCGCAGGGUGGGUCUUUUGUCUCUAGGCUACUUAAUUAGCUCCACGAGGUGCCCGACUCCUGCCUAAUCAUUCUGGAUGAUCCAGCCAAGGCAGAUCUACACACGUGGAGUAGAUUUUUGGCCGAUUUGGAAUGGGAUCUCUUCGUUCAUUCCCCCACUUUCAGAGCACUCACCUUCAAUUCACACAGACGCAGCAGCACACACAGGGUUCACAGCCAUUUUUCGGCAACCACUGGUUUAGGGAUGUCUGGCCCACAGAGACGGAUGCCUUGCCGGUCUUUAGAGAGACUUCCACGUGUUUGAGAUCUACCCCAUCAUGGCAGCCACCUACACAUGGGGUCAUCUUUGGACCAGCAAGGCAGUUAAAUGCUGCUCUGACAACUCUGCAGUUUGCGAUAUCCUUAACAAAGGGCAGUCAUCCUCGCUAACCAUUAUGAGGCUGAUUCGCAGGCUGAUUUGGCUGGCAGCAACCUCUCAGUUCUAGUCUGCAUUUACAUUCCUGGUGUCCAAAACACAGCCACAAGCUAAUCUUGGACUAAGCACACAAUUACACAACGCACAGGUACUCACGGUCCACGCAGUCUCACCCAACUACUCUAUCACUUCAGGGAAUUGUAACUAUUUAACAAGCAGAGCUUUACUUGAAACAAGACUUACAGUAAAACUAUGGUAAUUUUUGCCUCUUCCUCUAACCUACACCUUAAAGUUUCACUAUUCCAGAAAUCUCUUCCUUUACCAGGUCCUCACAAGGUGUCCUAACCAUGCACCUUUCUUAAACCUCAUACCCUGACACUCCACUCACUAUCAGACUAAAUUCAUUAUUUUCACGACAAAUCCCUACCAUUAAGGUUGAGCUACAACAUGGCUUCCUUCUCUGGUCACUCUUUUUCGCAUUGGCGCUGCAUCAGCAGCUUCAAGCUCUUAUACCCCAGUCUACAUUACAAAGUGACAAGGUCACAGGUAAUCCUCAAUUCAGUUACGUACUUGCCUCAAGCAGAGAGAAAGCUCCGUUCAAGCUUUCAGUAUCCACGCUGUAUAAACUUGCAUAAAGUGUGUUUUUUUCAAAUCCUCUUUUUAUUACAGGCCUACUCAUACAUUGGUUUCGGCACACCUCAACCAACUUUGCUUCUCCUUCUACAUUCCAUUACGUAUUAUAAAUUCUGAGCACAAAUAGAUAUAUAUAUCCAAAUCAAAUAGCAAGGCACUCCUCCUUCCUGUGAAAUUGCUGAAAGCAAAAUACUUAAGUGCCUAGGUGCAUUCUGCGUAGUGUGUGUGUAUAUGUAUAUGUAUGUAUGUAUGUAUGUGUGUGUGUGUGUGUGUGUGUGUGUGUAUAUAUAUAUAUAUAUAUAUAUAUAUAUAUAUAUAUAUAUAUAUAUAUAUAUAUAUAUAUAUAUAUAUAUAACAAAUAAGGAGAGGGAGCAUACUAGGUCUUCAAUCAAAAAGUUAAAAUUUUUUUUAAAUAUUUUCUUACAGGAGGGUCGAAACGUCGUGGUUUUUUUUGAUAUUUUUUUCUAUCUCUGUGAAUUGGGUUUGGAGCACAACCUCAAGCUGCGUUAAAUUGGGUUUACUAGCAUAGAAGUGUAGAUUAGUGUCGUUGGCAUACAUGUGUACAGUUGAGGAUUUGCAGACAUUGGGCAGAUCAUUUAUAAAUAAUGUGAAUAGCAGAGGGCAGAGUAUGGAGCCUUGGGGAACACCACACGUGACUGGAAGAGGGAGGAAGGCACUAUCAGAAAUGGCCACAUAUUGCAAUCUGUCUGAAAAUUUUUGCAAAUGAAUGCCAUGGUCUAGUGCAGGGAUAGGCAACCUUCGGCACUCCAGAUGUUGUGGACUACAUCCACCAUAAUGCUCUUACACCCAUAAUGCUGGCAAAGCAUCAUGGGAGGUGUAGUCCAAAAUAUCUGGAGUGCCGAAGGUUGCCUAUGCCUACUGUGUCAAAGGCCUUGGCAAAAUCAAGUAAAAUAGCUCCAGUUAAGUCUCCUUGUUACAUGCCAAUUUGGAUGUCAUUGCAAACUUUUAAGAGGGCAGUUGAAGUUGAGUGAUUUGGAUGAAAUCCUGAUUGAUCAGGGGUCAGAUAAUUUGAUUGUUGAUAAUAUUCACAUAGUUGUGUGUGGACGCAUUUUUCCAAGAUUUUCGAAAAUACUGGGAGCCAUGAUAUUGAGCGAUAAUUAGAUACCAAAGUAUUGUCACCACUUUUAUGGAUAGGUUCUACUUUUGCAGUCUUCUAAAGUUUGGGUAUGUAUCCUGACACCAGGGAUUCAUUGAUAAGGGUAGUGACUGGUUUAGCAAUUGCUAAGCUUCAGCAACAUUGCUGGGAUUUGAUCUGGUCCACACUGGUUUUUCAUUUUUUUUUAAUUAUUAAAAUGUUUAUUAAUGACACUAACAGCCACAGGUCUAAAACUGAAUUUCUCUAUAUGAGGAUUUUGAAGAUUUGGCGGGGCCUGAUCUUUAUUUGUGGUCUGAAAAUGAGUGUCAUUUGUUAUCUUGGCAACAAGGGUGGUAGCACAUCCAAUCAAAUAAUUAUUAAACACAUUUGCUACAUCUAGGGGGUGUUGCAGUGUCUGGUUGUCCAUUUUGACAGUGGAGGGUUGGGAGUGGAUUGUGGGGGUUUGUAUGCUAUUUAUGAUUUUCUAAAAGUUUCUUGGGUUUGAUAGGUUGUUGUUCAAAGGCCUGAUCGUUCGGUUGUGCUAUGCUUGGGCCGAAUGGUUCUUAUCUGCCAUCACAUUCUAUGUUUCUUCCCUUUGUUGUCAAAGCUCCCCUUUUGUAGGAUGGCACUGAAUGCCUUUCAUCUGGAAGGGGUUAAACCAGUCUUUAAAAACCUUUGCAAACAGUAAUACAUAUUCUCUAAUGUACAAUAUAAGAUAAAUCCAGUAUAAACUAUUAUUCAUCAGGUAGGGGAUGGCAGUUUUGGCCUGGGAGCUCAUUUUUAUGUGCAUGAAACUCACACAGGGUUAUUCCCUAAGGUGAGCAUUGUCAGGAAAUCCAAACGUAUUAAACCAAUAUUUUAACCCCUUAAGGACACAUGACAUGUGUGACAUGUCAUGAUUCCAUUUUAUUCCAGAGGUUUGGUCCUUAAGGGGUUAAAGGGACACUCCAGGCACCAAAACAACUUCAUCUAAAUCAAGUUGUUAUGGUGUUAGGAGUCCCCUGUAGGCCCUAUUACCUGAAUGAGUUAAACCAUUCUCCAAAGGUUUAAUCCGUUAGUAGCCUCCAGUGGUGAUGCCCACUCCCCCUCAGGGGAGCAGCUUUCCAAGCCAAUUUAGUAAAUGGGUAGUCACUGAUUGGCUGAGCGUGUCCACUAACUGCUCUCAGCCACUCUGCGGUGCUUCUGCUUGGUUUCACUCAGUACUUCCUUAUCCUGAAAAUUCUGAAGCCAAAUGCUGCCAGAGAAGAGUUGACAUCUCCGCUGGAGGUUACAUAGUGGUUAAACUAGUUGAAACGGCUUAACCCCUUGAGGUAAGAGUGCCUCCACCAUAACAACUUCAUUUAGAUGAUGUUGUUUUGUUUCCUGGAGUGUCCCUUUAAGGACAAAAUAGGCAAUCUCAAAAAAUUGGUCAAGUAAGGUUCAAUUAUAUUGCUAACUGUUAUCACUUUGGCAUGUCUCUAAACAAUAUAUACAUAUUAUACUUUUUAUUGAUGUAGCAGGAGCAACAAAGUCUGAAGUGUAGCAGGAGUUGUAAAAGUCUGACUCAAAGUUUUUGUUUUUUUUUGUACCAUGUUGCAUAUUAUUCAAUAAACAGAGUACUGUUAAGGAUCCAUCUUGUGGAGAUGAUAUAAGCUCACUGAUUACUAAAACAUUUUUUAAAUUUUUUUUAUUGUGGUCCAGUGUACACAAAAUUAGUGUAGCCUACACUUUACCAGCAGCAAUACUGCCAUCUAAGCUAAAGCAAGGAGAACUACUAUAGCAAAAUGAGCCUGUAAACAAAUGACAGUAUAUACAAUUAUAAACAGAGUAACACUUUACUAAAGUAUAAAGAAAAAGGGAUACAACAUAAAAAUUUACGCAUUUGUUUUUAAUCAGAAAAGUCAAUUUAAAAAGAUUAUCAAGAUCCAAUGCUUUUGAGAUUUUACCUGAAAAUCCUAAAAAAAUAAAAAAUUAAGAUGAACCCCAAACCUAACCUAAAAAUUGUAUUAUCACUCUUAUGGUCUAUCUACAUCGAUUCCAAUUUGCUGUUUAGGGAAGUGUCACCCCAGAAUUUGACACUAUGCUUUUCAAAAUCAGAACCAGGGAUAUAUGGAGCUCUGAACAAGGUGAGCUUAUGAUGUAGUCUCACCUAUGUCAGCAUUUUUUUUUUUUCACAUUACACAAUUGGUCUCCCUUUGGUAUCUUACACUUUCUUUUGAGGUCCGGGAUGAACUUCAGAAAGAAAGGUGUGGUGCUGCCAAAAAUGCACAAGUGUGCAUAAGAUUGAGACACACAUAUAGGCUCUAAUCAAUGUGAGUGGAUUUUAAAGCAUUUAGAUUUGUUGCAUUUACAUUACCAUCCGCCUUAUUUUCUAUACUUGGUGAAAUAGUCACUUUAUUGCAAUGGGCAAGAUAAUUAUAUUGUUUUUAUAGUGCUCCACUUCAUUCUUAAGUGUUUUGUUCACUUACAAGAUAAUUUUACAUAAUGACAGUACUACUGCUCAUUAAAUAUAUUAUGGGCUCCUGUUUCCUAUAUACAGUCCACUAAUCACUCUAGAGAUACCUUAGCUAUGCAUCACCAACAGCCUACUUAACUAUCUUUAAGACUAGGCCAGGUCCUGCCUAUCCUUUCAACAAUAAAACAAUUUGCCCCUAAACCCAAAUAUCCUCAACUAGCAACCUGGAGGAAUGGAACCUAAACUAACAUACCAUUGUGACAGUGAAACCAGAGUGAUAGAAAAAUGGAAAUUCCCAACAUGUGUUUCAGUAUCUUUUUAGAGUGAGUAGCUAGUAUAUAUUUUGCAAGAACUUUUUUUUUUUAGCUUUAGGAGACAGGACCACAUGAUUUAAUGGGCAGCAGUAUUGUUUGGUUACAGCCUCCUUUCGAAAAAGGAAAAUUAAAAAAAAAUAAAAAAUUAAAAACCAGAUAAAAUGAACAUCACAAAGUCCUGCUCAAACAAGCCUUUAUUUUUUUAUUUUUAAAUUUUCUUCCUCAGUGUCUGUAGUUAAAGCAUAGGGGCAUGCCUUUAGCUGCCUUGAUGCUUACAACAUAGCGCAUUCAUUGUGCAGUAUAUCUUACAGUCUAUACCUCCUGUGUUAAUGGUUCAUAUCUGUUUUAAAUAUUGUACCAUCCAAAUGCCAGAAAUAUAAUUUAUUGAGUUUGCAGUUGUUGUUGUUUGCUUGGAAAAUGUUUCUAAAGUAAUAGUUUUUUUUGUAUUGUACAGGAAAGUUUUGGCACGUUACCGACUUACAUUUAGACUUUUCAUAUCACAUCACUGGUGAUCAUACCAAAGUAUGCUUAUCAUCUAAAGGUGCAAAUGCAUCAAAUCCAGGAAUUUUUGGAGAUUUCCUUUGUGAUUCUCCUUAUCAACUCAUCUUAUCAGCAAUUCAGAACAUAAAAGACUCUGAGCAAAAAGCCGACUUCAUGAUAUGGACUGGGUAAGCCUAUGAAUACUUUUAAUAAAGAUUAAAAACACAUUUCAUUGUCAAAGAUUCUUUAGCACAUCCUAUGUUACUGCCACACACUGAAUAAAUAAUGAAGAAUGCAUCACCACAGCCCUGUUCAAUGGAACCUCUCUGACUUCCCUGGAUUUUUAAUGUUUAUCUUUGUAUUGAACAAUUUUGUAUUUGUGAGGUGUGAAAAAAUACAAUUUAAAUGAAGUCCCCAUACUUUUUAUCCUGCAAAUUGACUCCUCAUCUUCCCUGAAAAUCAUUGUUAUAAGCUCUGUAAAUUCCAUAAUAAAUGGGCCUGGCAGUUAUCUAUCAAGCUCCAACGAUUCCAGAGGGCUGUACAAUAGGUAGACUAACACAUAAUUGCAACGAGACAAGUUGGAAAUGCAGGAACAAACGGUGCUGAAACAUGCCUACUUUUUAUGGGAAGUGGGGUAAAAUGACACAAGAGGCAAGAUAUAGGUGAAAAAUAGGUUGCCAGAGAGUCUACAAUAAUGUCUUUGUUUUUUAGAUGACACCGUUGCAGGAAAGGAACCAAGCUGUGUUAGUGAGGUGUAGGGAGGGAAAGCUAUUUCAUUGAUAGGACUUCUUGAAGUGUGUUUUCAGGGGCGCUGUGGGUGUGUGGUUUUUUUUAUUUUUUUAUUGUUAAUUUACUUAAUAGAAAUGUAGACUGGCAAGGUAAUUCACUAAAGUUUAAGUGAGAAUUUAAAGACAUUUUCAAACUUAAAGGGACACUCCAUUGCCCAAAUACAAAAUAAAUAUCACUGUUUAGUAGAUAUACUCUGCUUGUCUGCUGCCUUUGCAAGCCCUCCUCUUCUAACCCCGCCCAGACUUUAUAUGACUGUUCAGUCACAUGCUUCCCAAUGCAGCUCAAUGAUCAGUCUUUGCAAGGCAGGUGCUUUGAGCAUUUUGAUAGAGAAGAGACUGGAAUGGGUUAACUAAAAAAAAAAUAGCUCCUAAUUACAGUCUCUGUACCCUGAAUGUGGCUGCUCUGCUAGUUCAAAGCAAUAAGUUGCUAAUCAUAGAGCAUAUACAGAACUAAAAUAAUAAUAAAUCUUGUCCUCACAUGUGAGAGGACAGGGGCAGUUCUGCAUAGCCUAGAUAUAGAUCUGACUGUAGCAGGGGCGGACUGAGAAACCUCAGGGCCCUCGGGCAAAAUAAAUCAAGGGCCCCCUUACAGGCCCCACCCAUACUCUGCAGCAAGCGCCACCCUUGUCCCGCCUCCAUGCACCGCCUCCAGCCACACCCUACACAAUCUUUAGACACAAGGAACAAAAGGGCAAUAAGCCCUUCGAGGUCCCAGUAGAGACUACAAUUGAGGGCUAAUGGGCCAUGGAGGGCGGUCUUUCUAGCGGAGGCUAUCUCAGUGUCCUUUAGAGAGUGUGUUAGAAAGAAUCCCCUCCAAGCCCCAUUAGAGACUACAAUGGAGUCUAAAAGGCUUGGAAGGGGGUCUUUCUAACAGAGGCCAUCUCAGCGUCCAUUAGAUAUCUCCUGCUGGAAACAGUAGCCUCCAGGCCCCAGUAGAAACUACAAUUGAGGGCUAAUGGGCCAUGGAGGGGAUUUCUAGCAGAGGCUAGAGUCUAAUGGGGCCUGGAGGGUGGUCUCUCCAGCUCUCUUCCUAUUCACAAUAUAGCAACACAACAUAGCUCGCUGAUACCUAAGCCAAGUUGGCUCCUCUUACCUUAAUUACUGUUGCUGGCUGGCAGUCUGUGGGCUUGCUGGCUGCGGCUGGCAGGCUGUGGGCUUGCUGGCUGCGGCUGGCAGGCUGUGGGCUUGCUGGCUGCGGCUGGCAGGCUGUGGGCUUGCUGGCUACUGCCGGCAGGCUGUGGGCUUGCUGACUGCGGCUGGCAGGCUGCGGCUUGCUGGCUGUAAGCCUGUGGCUUGCUGUAGGCCUGUGGGCUGGCUACUGGCCUGUGGGCUGGCUAACUGGCUGGCUACUGGGGCACUUGUAGAUUAUUUAAAGAAAUAAUCCAUGCACAAUAACCACUACUGCUCCAGAGUAAGUAGUCAAACCGUUUAAGAACAGUUUGACAACUUACCUGGGGUCUGCUGGGAUAUGAGGCUGUAGUAGGGAAUAGGAGCAGUGGUGCAAUGUAUGUGAAAGGUUCACUGUGUGUGUGGGGGUGUAGUGUGUGAAUGUGUAGGGUGUGUGGGCAGUGUAUGUGUGUGGCAAUGUUAGUAUGGGGGGCUGUGUAUGGGGGUCUGUGUGUAUAUGGGUGGGCAGUGUAUGUGUGUGUGUGAGGCAAUGUGUGUAAAUGUGUAUGGUGUGUAUGGGGCAGUGUGUGAAUGUGUAUGGUGUGUGUGUGGGGGCAGUGUGUUUAUGGGGCUAGAGUUCACUCUCACCACUGCGACCACCAGGAAUCAAUGGGGGUUACAGUGUUGAGAGUGAACUCUAGCCCGUAGCUCCAGGGCUAGAGUUGACUCUCGCAAGAGCAGUAACGUUGCCAUGGUAACCGCGGCAACGCUCUGUGCUCGCGCAAGAAGGACCCAGAGGAGCUGGAGGGUGAGCUCCCAGGUCCUCUCUUCCUCCCCUGCCCGCACGGUGCCUGCGGACAGGGGAGGGGGGGCAUUCUUCCCUCUCUUUCUCCCCCCUCCCCAUCUCUCUAUUCCCCCUCUUUCUCCCCGUGUCUCAUUCUUCCCUCUCUGUCUCUGUCUCCCCCUGUGUCUCAUUCUUCCCUCUCUGUCUCUGUCUCCCCCUGUGUCUCAUUCUUCCCUCUCUUUCUCCCCAUCUCUUUAUUGCCCCCCCUUUCUCCCCCUUUCCCAUCUCUAUGUCCCCUCUCUUUCUCCCCCCUCCCCAUCUCUCCCCUCUCUUUCUCCCCCCUCCCCAUCUCUCCCCUCUCUUUCUCCCCCCUCCCCAUCUCUCCCCCCUCUUACUAGUCAGAGGGGGCCGGCCGUUUCAUUUUAGAGCCGCCGGACCGGGUGGCAGCCUCGCCGGUCCGGCGGCAUUCCUCUCAAUAACACUGAAGAAGAAGGAGGAGGAGGAGCAUGUGUCUGUCAUGCUCCUUUGCGGUUCCCACAUCCUGUGCUGGGAAUUGUGGGAACCGCAGGGAGCAUGACAGACACAUGCUCCUCCUCCUCCUCCUCCUUCAGUGUUAGUGAGCGGAAUGCCGCCGGACCGGCAAGGCUGCCACCCGGUCCGGCGGCUCUAGCAUGAAACGGCCGGCCCCCUCACAGUGUGCCACCGGACCGGCCACCCGGUGGCACCUGCAGUCCCCCCCAAUCCAGCCCUGCCGCCGGGCCCCCUGAAGGCGGCCCUGGCGGCGGGCCCCCCUCCCGGCCGGGCCCUCGGACCGUGUCCGAAGUGCCCGACCGGUCAGUCCGCCCCUGACCGCAUCAUGGAGAAGCACCUUAGCUGCAUCAAGUUUUUGGUAGGGGCAGAUGAAAGCUAUGUUUUUCAGAUGGAGUUGACAGGAUUUGGCAGUUGAUUGGCUAUGGAAGGUUGGAAUCAAAGACCAAGGCAGCAAGAUGGACAUGGGAGUAGUGUUCGAAGGAGGAAAGAUGAGAAGUUUUGUUUUGGAGAGCUUGAGUUUAAAGAUGUUUUACCAUCUACUUAUCAAUAGCAGAGAGACAGUUGGAGACACCGUUAUAGAGGGAUUAGAUAGAUUUGCAUUUUUAUUGGUAUAUAAGUGAUAUUGUAAACCUAAGUAACAGAUUAGUUUACCAGAGUACGCAUUAUAGAUUGAGAACAAUACAGGAGCAAGAACCGAACACCACCUGAAUGGGCUUCCAUAGGUAGGGAAAACAAAAAAAGGAGACACUGAUAUGCUGGGAGGAGUAGAAGGAGAACCAAGAAAAGAGCAUAGUCUUGUAGAUCAAGGUUGUAAAGGAUGAGAUGAAGUUGAUGAUCAGCAGAGAGGUCAAGGAGAAUUAGAAGGGGGCAGUGCAUUUAAGGUCAUUGAUCAUGGCUGUUUUGACAGUGAGUGCAGAAUACAGUCUGGAGUGGGUCAAGCAGAGAGUUAGAUUUUAGGAAAUUGGUGAAAUUGGUUUGUGUACACAACUCUCAGAUCUUGAAGACAAAUAGGAGAUGGGGAGGUAGUUGGAUAGGGAGUUUAGAUUGUGGUUAGACUUUUAUUUUAUUUUUUUUUAUUUUUAUUUUUUUAUCCAGAUAUGUUGAAGGAUGCAGUAAAUACACCAGAGAGAGAGAUUACAUAUUUCAGUGGAACUGGGACUAGGGCAAAUACCCGAAUACCUUGAGAACUAUUUGUUGCUCUGUUGCCACUCCUGACUUUGAUAAGAUUGCUGCAACCAGGUAUCUUCUACACCUGCCAACAUGUCUCCUAUCCCAAAGGUAGGCAUCCUUCGGCAGUCCAGAUUUUGUGGAUUACAUCUCCCAUCAUGCUCUAAAAGCAUAAUAUAAAAAUAAUGCUGGCAAAGCAUCAUGGGUAAUUCACAUCUAGGGUGCCAAAGGUUGUCUACCUUUGAGAUAGAGGUGUUGAAAAGACCUGGUUGUGGCACUCUUCACAAAGUCAGGAGUGGCAACAGAGCAAAAAAUAGUGCCUAAGGUAUUUGGGUUUCUUAAGGAGUGUGGUUAUGAGGGCAUCAGAGCAGUUUUUCUUUGACAAUGGAAAGGGCAAAACUGUGAGUAGCAUACAUUUGAAGUAGAGGAAAUUUGAUGCGAAAUUCCUUUCUCUAGCUGUGUUUAGCAAUUCUGGUUGUAUUGGUUCAGCUUAGUGUGCAAGUUGUAACUGGGGUUGCUUAAGAUAUUUAAAUGUAGGAAGUGCCAUCUUAUUUAUCAGAGCAGAAAUUGGAGUUGUAGAGGAAGGUUGCAGAGCUAGUGCAGGCAACAACUGAGCUUUGUAAAAUAGUUUGGAGAUUGCCCGGGCAAGACAGUAGUUUUCAGUAGUUUCUGCAAUAUUAUGCACAUAAGUGUUAUAUGCCGAUACCAAAGGUCAACAGAUGGUCAGAGAGAAUUGAAUGUUAAAGAGAUUAGAGGUAGUGCAAAGAUUAAUUUAAAUUAGUUUAGGAGUGUUUCCAGCUGUAUACGUUUAUGAAUUAGUCCAUUGAGUGAGGCAGAGAUCUGCCUUCCACACCUACCGCAAAUCAGCCCCAUAGUGUUGACUGGUGGAGGGGUGCUAAGUAGUCCUCAAAAAGGUGAGUUUACUUGGUUUUAGUGUAUCUCUCCUUUUUUUUUUAGCAGCGCUGUAUCGGAGCCCAACAGUAUUGCGUCUAUGCGGUGUCUAAGCCGGCCACGCCCCACCUGUGGGUUUUCUUUGUAUCCCGAACAAUUCUUCUUGUAGUUGUGGCUGAAAUCUUUCUUGGUGUACCUAACCUUGGCUUGGCAUCAAUAGAUCCCUGAAUAUUCAAUUGUGAUUGAACAGUGCUUACUGUCAUUUUCAAGGCUUUGGAUAUCUUUUUUUUUUUUUUUAUCCGUUUUUAUUGAGAGAUUUGCAUAGUAUUACAUGUCAUGAACAUUGUGCCAGUACGUCAGUAUAAUAACACAGUUUGGAGCAUACAGCUUACAUAAGACUAACAUUGCAGUGUUUUCUUUUUUAUAUUAUAUCAUAUAGUAGACUAUCAAAAACAUUAUACCAUUUCACAGCAGAAGGGGCACUAGAACCUUCAGCCAUACAAAAUAAAAGUGAGGGCUUAAUAGAAAAUAACAAUACGAAAUUUAGCAAAAUGAACUGUACAAAGAUGUAUAUGAAUAGGGGAGAGUGAUGUUUCCAAGACCCACAAAUACUGGUCAUUGUCACACAAUUGAGUAUACAGGAGAGUAUUUGUGAACAGUCCAACAAUGUUUAUAAGCCAUUGUUAUCAAUAUUGGGCUGUUGUUCCCUCCAAUAAACACACAAAUUGAGUGCAAUACCAGGUGUUGCAUUCACAUAGAGGUGUUUUUUUUUUUUGUUUGUUUGUUUUUUUUCACCUUCUUUCUCUCCCCUUUCUUUCCUUCCUCUUUUUUUUUGUACUGAUGCAUUUUUAUUGUUUUAGACACAGAUAACUUAAGCAUUACGUUUCCACAGAGAGACUCGCAGGUCUCAAGCAUAUUCUCAUAUUGGUAUACAUUUGGUUAAGAGUCGAUAUCGUGUGUGCUCGUUGACUCCAUAUCCAUUAGGUCACUUUUUAGCUCGCAGGCCUCAUUCAUCACAUAGCAUUGUUGCAACAGCCUUUAUUACCAAUGACUGGCAAAUUAUUUAGUGACCAGGUUGGUAUAGUCGUAUAUCUGGUUUCUUAGCCUAGGAUUCUGUGUGGCAGGUGAAUCACUGUUCUCCAGGUUCGUGUUUUACUAGUGUUGUCUCUAUGAGUGGGUCGUGCCUGCCCCCCGAUAUCUUGUGCCUUUGCUAUUUUGUUGUGCACUCUGUGUCAAUUAAUCGUCUCGGCCUAGUUGCGCAGUUUGUACGUCUUUACUCCUGAGCAGCUGUGUUUUACCCGAGUGUGUGUAGCUUUGGCCCUGGUGGGUCGUCCGUUCUAUUUUAUUUCUGAGGGUCUCUGCCCCCAUGUCCCAGUCUUCAGAUGGUCUGUGUGUAUGUGUUCAUUGUCUUUUAUGUUUAGUCUGUGUCUGCAUUAAAGUUUGUCUGUCUGAUAGCGUGCCGUGCUUGUGUACCUUUUGUCAGAUCGUCGUAUGUUCUCUCUUUCAGGUUCCCAGCUCGUGGGUGUUUUGGGUGAAUGUGAGUUUGCCAUUCUUGCCCUGUGUUGGUGGAUUAGCCUCUCGUUGCUUUGGUGUCUGCGUGUUGGUUAGUGCGUGUCUGUGGGUGCCUGUAGCCACAAUAAUGCAUGUACUAUUUGCCUCAUAUGUUAUCCUUAAGUUUGUUGUGUAGUGUUUGAAGUUGUUGUGUUUUUCUCUCCCUGGGGUAAUUUCCCCUAAGUGUGUCUUCUUUAUCCCUGGUGGCAUGAUCGGUUUCGUCUCUCUCGAGGUCUUGCGUUAUAUCUUGAGUGUGUUGGCUGUUCCUAUUUGGGACUGGGGGGGGGAGGAUAGGUUAGUUAGGGUGUGGGGGGGCUGGGUGGGGUGUGGGCAUAGCGGCCUCCCUCCUGGCACGCCCGGGCCCUCUACCACUCCUCCCUUCAGCAUCUCCAGCUGUGUGUUUUUGCUUAUGUAAUGUAUAGUAGCCAGGGUCUCCAGAGCUCAGUGUGUUUGUCUCCUCUUCGCAGUAGGUCAGCUAUUUUGGCUUCUGCUGUUUGUAUGUCCUCCACUUUGUGUUUCCAUUGUUCCGUUGAGGGUGGGUCUUUCUUUUUCCAGUGUAGUGGAAUGAGGUAUUUAGCUGCAUUUAGCAUAUGUCUCAUGAUCGAUCUCUUGUAGGUGGAUAAGGGACUGCUUCGUUUGGUGUAUGAGUGCAGCAUCCAUUGUCACUUGUGGGGGUCAUCCAGUAUGCUUCUGAUUUCUCUUUUGAUACUCUCCCAAAAAGGCUUGAUUUGUCUGCAGUUCCACCAAAUGUGUUGUAGUGUCCCUAUUUGUUCAUCUCAUCUCCAAAAGGUGUUUGGGGUGGUCGGGAUGUAUCGGCUGAGCAAGGCUGUGUGCGAUACCAGUGUGCCAGCAGCUUAUAGUUAACUUUCUGUAGGUUGGAGCUAAUUGAGCUCUUGUGCUUGUGUUGCAGUAUCAGGAUCUUCUCCCACUGGUUGUCCGAGAAAGUGUUGCUGUCCAUUCCUCCCACUGUCUUUUUUGUAUAGGUUGUUUUCCGGUCUGUGUCCUGUCAGUAGGCUUCGGUAUAUUGUUGAGACUCUGCCGUCUGCUUCUGGUGUUUGUGAGCAGAGUGUCUCGUACCACGUUAGGUCUCUAUGUACUCUGAUCCUCUGUGUUAGGUUGUAGUAGUAGUGUUUAAGUUGGGCAUAGUGAAAUUGGUGCAUAAGUGUGGGUGAUCUUGUGGAUGAACUCCUGCAUUGUUGAGUACUGUGUGUAGGGUAUGUAUCCGUCUUGGGUGUCUAACUGAUGGUGGGAGUCCAUCUCCUAGGUUUGGGUUGUUUGUGAUGGGUAUCAGCGGGCUCAGUUUGGGUGAGAGCUGCUGCUCCCUCCUCAAUAAGGUUCAGUGUUUCAGUGUCUGCGUGACAGGGGAGUCCUCUCCUAAGGUCGUCUGUUGGUUUGCUUCUGUGCCAUAUCAGCGUGUGCAGUCGGUGGCCUGUGGUGGCCCUCAAUAGUGUGACCCAUCUUUUGUGGGGUGAGUCUGUGUUGGAUAUCUUUUUAUAUAAUUUUCCAUCUUUAUAAAAUUCCAUUAUCUUGUAAUGCAGUUCUUCUGACAGUUCUUUUUUGCUCCCCAUGGCUCAGUAUCUAGCCUGCUCAGUGCAUCAAACUGAGAGCCGACACUUAUUGAUUAUUUAAACACAAACCCUAACUGCAAUUUAAAAAGCCACAAGUUUGGGAAAUUAACCUUUAAUUGACAUUUAAAAAAAAAAAAAAAUUGUAUUCUUUAUUUUUGCAAUGGCAGAUCGCAUGGUAAAGUAACAGUGUUAGGCUUGUGCAAAAGCCAUAUCAUAGUACAUAUGUCGACAAUGUAUUACAGAAAGAAAAAGAAAGUAGAGUUAUUUUGUUAAGGCAUUUCUUCAUGUUGAGGUGAUCGACUUGGUCGCAAUCCGCCAGAGUUUAGUUUUUUUAUAGUUAAAGAAGAACAAUAACAGAAAACAAAUAACCUUAGAAAGUAUUGUAUUUAACAUACCAUGUAGGAGCGGGGCUGUGUUUGUUGCAGUGUUAUUCAAUGACUCUGGUUGUGUAUUGUUGUCAUAGGAUGAGAUAUGCACGUGAGGUGUGAUCAGCAUCUGUAUGCAUUGAGUAACCAUUUAAUCAGCGUUGCAUGUCAUAAUACCUUUUUUAUACUGAAUGUCAUGAGAAUUUAACUACUUGACUACAUUUAAUAAAUUUGCUCUAGAUAUGAUUUUCUAAUAGUAGCAGUAUACUCUUUAUAUCCACGUUACUUUGAUUGUUCUGCAACCCAUGAACCUAUAUAUAUGUUGGUCUUUCCCUUUUCCCUUUCUCCCUCUACUCCCUCCCUUCAGACUUUUUCAAAGUCAAUAACUAUUAACAGUUACAGUCCACUGAACAUCCCUGCCCCCCAAGAACAGUAAAUUUAGUAAUGGAGUGAGUAGCACUGGGCAGAACACCCAAUGGGUGGACGAACAGACAUGUAGUUGUAAUCAGACAAGUUGGACACACAGGAACAGAGGGGUUGAGGGCCCUGCUCAAUAAGCUUACAUGCUAGAGGGAGUGGGGUAAAAUGUUACAAAAAGGUAAGAAUAGUAUUAGACUAUUGACAUUUGCAGAAGAGGAAGCAGUCAGGAGCUAUUAACCAUUUAAUUGAUACGCUUUUAUGAAGAAGUGGGUUUUUAACGAUUUUUUUAAGGAGUGGAGACUGGGUGAGCAUCUAACGGAGGAGGGAAGCGAGUUCCACAGGAACGGUGCAGCCCUCAAGAAAUCUUGAAGUAUGGACUCAGUACUUGCUUUGGGCCCCUUUUGCAGCAAUUACUGCCUCAAUGCGGCGUGGCAUGGAAGCUAUCAGCCUGUGGCACUGCUGAGGUGUUAUGGAAGACCAGGAUGCCUCAAUAGCGGCCUUCAGCUCUUCUGCAUUGUUCGAUCUCAUGUUUUUCAUCUUUCUCUUGGCAAUGCCCCAUAGUGUCCUCCCCCUCUGUCCCCCACCCCUGAGCGGUGGGUAGGGGCCAUAAAUAAAAAUUGGGGGGAAGAGUGGCUGCUCACUGUUUACUAAACACGCCUCUACUCAAGGUAUAGCGAGUAGGGGCUGAAUUUACGAAGUAAUCUUUACUUAGUAUUAGUAAAUGUGGCUGAAAGACCAAUUUAGGUCUUUCAGCCUUUUGGUAGAUAACUCCCUAAUUCCCACAGUAUUAGGAAGUUAUCUACUAAGCGGCUGCUUAUUUUAUGUUAUUUUAUGUGGUUUCGCUAUCCACAUUUGUUUACAGGGCACUUGUCCUACUCUUACCCCUAUUUUGCUUCCUUUUGUAGCCGUCUUGCCUUUCCAGGAGUUUUUUAGAGCCAUUUUUGUGCCUAAAAGUUCAGAUCCCCAUUGACUUCAAUGAGGUUCGGGGUCAAGUUCGAACCCGGACUUUUUUUCAAAGUUUGGCCGAACCCGCCGGACCCGAACAUCCAGGUGUCCGCUCAACUCUAUAUAUUAGUUUCCCCUUUUACGUUGCAUUACUGAAAUAAAUGAACUUUUGCACAAUAUUCAAAUUUUUCGAGUAUCCCCUGUAUAUGUGAACAGCAUUGGCAUUUGCAUUCAGCAAAGAAUCACAGUCAGUUCGGAAACCAACGUCUUUCAUGGUUUUAACUGCAAGAGAUUUUGACAUUAAAUCAGUAGGGGAUUCUUGCUCAAGUACUUUAUAGAUUUUAUGUGAAAUGUCUUUCUAUAGGAGAGCCCUUGGAAAAUAUUGCCAACUAUAAAACCACAGUCUGAAUGUUCUGGCCUUUUGGUGAGAAAAAAAAUCUGUAAGAUAUUUACAUUUUAAAAUUGGCAUGUUGGUACUAUUAGAAAAUGCAUAUGGUUCUUUUCAAGCAAAAUAUAUAUAAAAAAAAAAAAAAAUUAAGAAAACUGCUGUAUUUAGCACUCAGUCAGAGCCUUAGGGUGCCCAUCAUUUUAAUUGUAGCAGAGAGCUUAUAACGGGGAAGGGGGGAAUCCAGAGCUAUACCUUAUGAUUCAAUAGCUUGUAGAACCACCUGUAGCAGCAAUAACUUGAUAUGCAGACAGAUAUACACAUACAUAGACAGACACACAGAUACAGAGAGUCAUUCAGACACACAUUCCUUUCCCUGGGGCCCAGUGGUGGCCCAGCCUUAUGGGAGUCAUAGUUUCCACUCUGACUCCUUUGAUGUAUGGAAUGUUAGGCUUUAUGAAUGUAUGAGUUUGUGUAUUGUGCUGUACGGGUGGUUGGGCUGUUGUUGGCUGUGGAUGAUGCACUUCCUUUCUUUUGGUUCUUUUACUUCCUGUUCCUGUUGGCAGUUGGUGGAAUGUUCUGGGGAUUUGAAAUUUCGGCUGCAGAAACCCUGUGUAACAAGGCUGCAAUAUAAAGAUGCUGUUAUAUAUGUAUUAAUAAAGUGAGUACUUUUGUUACACAGGAAUUAUUGGCUGAUUUGUACAAAACAUCACAGUGGUGACGAGGCUGUAGAACUCAAACUUACAUGGCAGCAAUUGGCACAAUAAAGGACUUUGAUCCUGACUUGGAUUUAUGGGCCUCUUGGGUUGAAAGGCUUGAACAGGAUUUCACAGCUAAUGAUAUUCCUGACAAUAAGCAGAUCGCUGUUUUCCUAACCGUUAUAGGAGCCAGAACGUAUGAUACUCAGAGGAGAAACCUGCCAGCAAGCCAUUGGCAAGCCUGAUUACUCUAUUAACUAGCCAUUUCCAACCAAAACCACUAGAGAUAGCAGAGAGAUUUAAAUUCUAUAAAAGACAAAAUCCUGGUGAAUCAGUUUCAGCAUAUACUAUCGCAUUACGGAGACUCGCCAGCACCUUUUGUUUUGGGGACUACCUGCCCACUGCUUUUCGAGAUCAGUUUGUAAUGGGCAUUGCAAGCGAUACAGUGGUAAGGAGACUGCUUACAGAAGAAGAUUUAACAUUUAAAAAGACAAUGAACAUGGCAAGCAUUAUAGAACAAGCCUCUAAGGAUGCUAAUCUAUUACACAGCAGACCGGACAACACACUGGAGGCAUAGCUAGAAGUUUUAAAAUUAGAUGCUAGAGGGGGGCGUGGCCAGCUGUCUAACUAGACGGAUGCGUUUCUGUGAAGCUCCGUGCCAGAGACUAAGUAAAGAGACAAAAACCCAGAGACGGGUUCCGCAAUCAACAGAAAACGAGCCCCCCCACACACAGAGGCUGUAAUGGGGCGGAAAAAUAAGAAAAACCGCAUCCCAGAGCCACCCGACAUUUAGCUCUCCUUUGUGAAGCCAGCACCUGCCAAGAUGGUGCACGAGGUACCCAGCGAGGAGGAGGACUUUCAUGAGGAGAGCGACACCCCUACCUCACCUCGGGCAGAAGACGAGACCCAAAGUCAGGCUUCAGGAUCGGAAGAGGAUCUCUCCCCUGUGACAAAGAGGGACAUUAGAGACCUCUUAGAGGAAAUGAGGGAGGUGUGGAGAACAGACCUGUGGAAUGAGGUGGAAGACAUCCAGAGGAGGCUUACUGAAGUGGAAACCAGGGAGAACACCAGAGACAACAACAGCUUGACAGAAAAUGCUGUGCAGGACCUUCACUCACACGUCCAAAAGCUCACACGGACGGUCACAAUGCUGCUGGCCCGGCACAGGAGGUGAAAUAUACACAUCCAGGACAUACCAGAGGCCGUGGGUGGAGACGACCUACUGCCGUACAUAGCCCGCCUAUUGACCAGAAUGGGAAUUAAAGGGAACACCAAGUCAGGCAUAAUUUUGUCCGCAUUCUGAAUCCACAAAGCCGCAACGGCACCAGCGGCAUCACCGAGAGACACCACUGCAGUUACAAAAGAUCUGACAAUCAGAUCUACGAUCAAGUCACGCUCCCGAGAUCUAGGCAGUGUGCAACUAGACGGCAAUACAGUGACCUUCUAUGGAGACCUCCCAUUUGCAGCCCUGGUAGAAAGGAGACAGCUUGCACUAACGGCCAAAAAAAAAAGAGAGGCCGCAAUUAGAUACUGGUGGGGAGCAGAUGGAUCCCUGGCAGUACCACAGGAAGACCGAAUACUCACCACAACAUCUGCAGAUGACCAAGAGCAAUUUCUCCGACAGUUGAACCUGAACGAGGUGGAAAAGAGAGGGCACAAAGGAGACGGCGACCAGAAGCAACGACAACCACAAUGCACUCAAGAACCAAUGAAAAGUUAUUAUGUGCCAGCUAGGCUGAAGGGACAACCCUGCACUUAGACAGGGAAUCGCCACAUGCAACAUGGACAUCUAUCACCGCCUCCGGAGGCCACAAAAGCAGACGCAGCACUGCUAUGGCAACGAGGGCUUACCCCAAAGGUUAGCUGCCACAGAGUCCUGGACUCGCACUCCAACCCACUCCAUCCUACCCUAGUUUAACUUAGUUUAUACUACUGCUUCCAAGACAUAAAAGCCCCAGCAAACACCCUACCAGUAGGGUCAGUUCCCACUACUGAUGACUCACAUCAACCCCUAGUACUAGCUUGCCCAAUGGACACAGACCUUAAGGCAACACAUACUGGAUGUUAAUAAGAAGAAAUGUUCUAGAAAAGUUGUUUAUGUACCUAUUUUCAUUCUAUGACAAUGUUAUAUUUAGAGUUAUCAAACUCCAAUAAAAUACAAAUUAAUUUUUAUUUUUAUUUUUUUUUUUAAUUAGAUGCUAGAGCACAGAGUGAACCACAGGGAAAGAGACAUUCAGAACAGGAACAAUCAUAUUACAAAUAUUGCAACUGCAUGCAGAUUCAAGGAUGCCAAGUGUCAUGCUUGUGGUAAAAUGGGCCACCUACAAACAGUGUGUAGAUCCACAGCAGAAAGGCAAUAAUCACUUGAGAGACAGAGCAAAGAAUGCUUAUAGAGUACAAAUGCAGAAGCCUUCUGAGGAUUCGGAUAAACACUGUCCUGUACGAAAUUAAAAUCUAUAAAAUAGGUUCUAAUCUGGCUACAUUAUUAUUAUUAUUAUUAUUGCCAUUUAUAUAGCGCCAACAGAUUCCGUAGCGCUUACAUUCACAGUUCAGGUUGUUGUUAAUGGAAAGGAAUGGACUAUGGUUUUGGAAACAGGUGCCGCUGUAUUUGUGAUUUCUUUGACAGACUGGAAAUGCCUUAAAAUACAUAGGCCAAUAAUUCUGACAACAGUGAGACUGAAAACAUAUAUUCUAAAGAACUGUUAAUACCAGUGGGUAGUGUGACAGUAACAGUUACAUUAUACAAGUGUAAGAAGAAACUACAUCUCUAUCUUACAGAAAGGAGGACCUCCACUUUUUGGUAGGGAGUGGAUAAAGGCUCUUGGGAUGCCUCAAGUGCACAAGUAUUCAUGUCAUGUGUUGAAUGAUAAUCAGAACAGACUUGUCUGGAUUAGGGAAUUACAAGAGAAGUAUGCACCAGUUUUUGAUGGCCAAUUGGGGACUGUAAGUUUCCUUGGAAUUAAAGGAAGGAGCAACACCAAAAAUUUUAAAGUAAUUAGUGUGCCAUUUGCUCUAAGAGCUGGAGUGGAGGCAGAAUUAAGGAGAUUAGAAGAGCCGAAUAUCAUCUCCAGGGUUCACAAUAGUGAGUGGGCUUCACCCAUUGUUCCUGUGAGAAAACUAAAUAGGGAGAUAUGGAUUUGUGGGGAUUUCCGCAUGGCUCUUAACACACAGCUUAACCCCUUAAGGACACACGACAUGUGUGACCUGUCAUGAUUCCCUUUUAUUCAAGAAGUUUGGUCCUUCAGGGGUUAAAAUGGAUAAGUAUCCCCCUUUCAAGGGUAAUUGAUCUUUUUGCAUCGUUGGCAGGUGGCCAGCAAUUCACCAAAAUUGACUUGGAAAAUGCAUACCUACAGUUAUCUGUACAUCCAGAUUCUCGACCACUACUUACGAUUAAUACCCAUCAGGGGGCUAUUCAGGUAUAACCGUAUGGUUUUUGGCAUUUCACCUGCACCAGCUGUCUGGCAGCGAACAAUGGACAAGCUGUUAGAUGGAAUUCCUGGGACACGGUGCCUGUUAGAUGACAUGCUGGUGACGGGUAAAUCAGAGGAGAAACAUAAACCGAAUGUAGAGGCAGUUUUGCAAAGACUUGUGGAAUAUGGAUUGAAUGUGAAUUUAGAUAAAUGCCAAUUCAUGCAGGAUCAUCUUGAAUUUUUGUGUUCAUUUAAUUGACAAACAUAGGCUUCAUAUUUGUCUUCCUGUUCCUGCUGGCAGUUGGUGGAAUGUUCUAGGGAUUUGUAAUGGCGGCUGCAGAAACCCUGUGUAACAAGGCAGCAAUAUGACUAUCCUGUUAUAUAUGUAUUAAUAAAGUGAGUACUUUAUUAUACAGGAAUAAUUGAUUGAUUUGUACGAAAUAUUACAACUUCCUCCUGUGCGGCUCCCGGUAUAAGUUAGAGGAGUAACCAGGGCAGUCACUUCCUCACAGCCUCUGACCUCAUCAGAGGGGCCCCAGUCAUGCUGUUAAAGUGCUGACCGGUCCCCCUGGAAAUACAUAGCAUCAGGUGGCCCAUGCUGAGCCCCCUCAAUGCAAUUACUUAGCCGGCGGAGUCCGCGGUCGCAGGGGUUUGCAGGGCGGCCAGGCCCCCUAGAGUGACAGGGCCGGUCGCAGCUGUGACCCCUAUGACCGCGGUAGUUCCGCCACUGGAUGAUAGGAUACCAGAGUUUCAACAUCCCUGUAUGGUUUGCUUAUUAAAACUAAGCUGUCCUGAUUAGGGGCAGUGCUCAGCAGGCCUUCCAAAUGUAUGAAGUGCAGAAUUCUGGUAUUCACAGAAUGAAUAUUACAGAAAGAUCGGAGGAAAUAUGACACAAUAGAUAAAAUAACUCUAAAACUGGAAAGAAAGGAAUUCAUCAAAUCCCAUAAAGCAUAAAACAAAAAAAUGUAUUAUUGAAUAGGUUAUUGUGAGUGGGACUAAUUUGAUGCUUUUAAGGUUUUGGGUCUGGUGCUUUGCAGUUUUAGGGGUCUUUAUUGCUAAGAGAAUGUCACCCUCAGAUCUAGGCCUUAACAUUCAACUUGGGAAUGUUAAGGCUCUUGAGAAAACCCAUAUUUUGGUCAUAGUCAUCUGGGUGGGUUUUGGCCAGUUGUUGGGUUGUUCUAAUAAAAUAACAUUGAUGGCUGUAUGCACCUAAUUUCCUCUGGAGAUGUGAUUGCUGUGAUGAAUAUGAAUUUUGACCUAGGGUUGGCUAAUUGAACCAAGCACUUUCCUAGACCUUCCACCACACUGAAAGAAAUGUUGUUUUUGAAUGUAUAAAAUAUAUUCAACAUAAAAGCAUUAAGGGUGUGUUGGGCAUCAUGGAAUGUUUGUUUCCUGUAAGCUGAAGGGUUGGUCUGGUGUUGUCCAUGUGACAGUUUAAAACCAUAUUCAAAUAUUAAAGCCCUUUCUCUAUUGUUUUUUUUUUUUAUCUGAUGAACUAUAAGAGAGUAUCUGUCUCUUUAUAAGCAACUUGGAUGUCUCACCAUAGCAAUUUGGAGUCAUCAACGUCUUCCAUCAUCUAUAAAGUUAACCCAACUGCGCUGUAAAUGUAAAAAUGGAGUAUUAGUGAGAGAUGCGGAGAAACUCCAUUGUGCAGUGAAUGGGUGGAAAGGUAGUGUGGAGACUAUUAGUGUGAUAGGUGCGUGAUCCAAGACCGUAGUCUUCUCUGUAGUGGAACUGGUGACAUAAGGUAAAACUGUCUGGGUAACCAUGAACAUAUCGAUCGUAGAGGAGAGUGGAAUGUGUAAUCUCUCUCCCCACCGUGAAGUAUCCCUCAUGGGUCAUGCAAAUUAUACAAAGGAACCUGCGAUCACUGUCAAUCCUGAUGAGGUUCUGUCUCAGGUCAGGACAACGACUAUGUUAAAGACUCCCCCCACUAUAAGAUGGUCAUCAUCAAAUUGGGUGAGUAACGUUAGGAGCCUAGUAUAAAAAAAGUGCACCAGAGUUUGGAGCAUAUACAUUGCAAAUGCAAUAACAAAUACUGUUAAUGGCAAGACAAAAUAAUGUAUCAGCCUUCUGGGUAAGUAUUAGACAUGUGCACCAGUGAAAUUUUAAUUUCGUAUGAAUGAUUUGUAGUUUGUCAAUCCCGAAUUUCGUCUGCAAAAUGUUUGUUUUGAAACGAAAUUCGUUAAAAUUCAUCCAUUAGGAGGAAAUCCGCACUAUGCCCCCUAUCUCCCCCCUGCAUUCAAAUCUAUGGCGCCCCUACUUGCAGUCCCCUCCCCCCCCCGAUACUCUCCCAUGACUGACUGGGGGGGACCCUAGUUAAUUAAAGGAGAGACCUAAUGUCUGCCAUGAUCCCCAACCUGCAGCACGGAGUCUAUUAAAUGAACAAAACAAAAAGGUAAUGCAUUUGGGCUUUUGCCCUUCCAUUUAAUUUAUAGGGCUUUUGUUUACCUUUUAGUAUACAAAAAAAACAGAAUUUUAGGACGAAAUCGGAUUCAUACAAAAACUAAUGCACAUGUCUAGUAAGUUUCACUGCUGUAGAUCACGUACUGCAGGAUGGAGUGUCAUAGAAUUGACACACCUCUAGUUUUGGAGUUGCAUUUGGCAGUUAUUCAUGAUUGCAUCCAUGAAGCCUUGAAUUGGGCAUUAUCAGAAUGUGACCAAUGAGUUUUUUACAAGAGGACAAUCAGGGAUUAAUGUUUGGAUAGGUAUCUGAGAAUUUUAUUUUUCUUGAUAGGCGUAUUCACUCCCUUCACAUUCCAAGAGAGGAGCUUAAGUGUAGAGGAAGGAAUAUUUGACACAGAUCAGUCAGUCAGUUAGCAGAUACAUUGGUGAAGGGUGGAGUGGUUGGAGUUCAGACUGUCCCAGCCCGCUCAAGCGGAAAAGGGUAGGAGUGAGUGGGAUGCACAGCAAGUCCUGCUAGAAAAGGGAUAAUUGGACCAAACUAUGUACAACAAUUUGAUCUAGUACAGGAAAUUGAUAUUACUGCUCCUCACAAUUAUGCAAGGGCUUGGCCUAUGGGCCUGGUGAAAAUUUGUCCCAAUUUGGCAAGUCAUCCUGUUCUCAGUUAAAUCAGUUUCAAUAAUGGGAGAAUUGCCAGAUGUGGUUGCAAUCUGCAAAGGGUGCAAAAUCCAGGACUGAAGAGAUGGAGUAUUAUACAGUUGUUUUGUCUGCUUCUUUUUUCCAGAUUAUCCAAUUUGACUUGUAAAGAUGUCACUGUAUUAUGUUGUUGUUGAAUCAUGGACAGUAACUUGUGCAAUUCAUUUUCUGUGGUAUUCUCUUGUUUCUAGUAAGGUAGGUUUGAAGAAGAUGGACUGCACUAUCUAUAGAUUCCUUAAUAUCCUUAAAUUGGGAAUCAAAGAUGGGUUUAAGGAGGUUAGAAACCUUCGAAUCUGUUUCUGAGGCUCAUUGUGAAUUAAAGAUAGUGGUGGACAGAGGUUGGGAGGGUCCUUCUUCCAAAUCCCUGUCGGUGAAAAGAGAGGAGUAGUAGCCAGUGUAGGUACUUUAAGAAGUGCCUUCUUGAUCAGUCUUUGUGGUUUUCCUUGUGAUCUUUUGAUGUUUUUGUCAAUAAAUAUCAGAGGCGUAAAAAUGGAGAAAAGAAUAAGAAAAGCCAGGCAAUAGAAGAGACGAAAAAGAAUGCAAAACCUAAUGUUGAGUGUUGGAGUAUGUUCUUCGUACAUAUAGCGUAGAAAGGCAGAGAGGUGUAAAAUAUAGGGGAAAAGUGAAUCCAAGGUUAUAUGGGGUGAGUGUUGUGAAAUAUAGAUGUCUGGUAUUACAAUGUGCAUGCAAAUAGAUAUAAAAGUGUCCUAGUGAGUACGGAGCCAAGGAACACUGGAAAAAGAACUAACAGAGUUAAGAGAUAAGGAAUCUGGAAGUAAAGGGGUGAGAGAGCUGGGGCGAUAGAAAAGUAGCACAUAAAACUAUCACAUAAAAACAAAAAUAAACAAAAAACAGCCACCGGGUAUUUUUCAGGAGCUUUAAUAUUCUGUUUGCUUAUCUUCUAUAUUGAACAAAAAUGUUCUUGCUAUGUAUGUAUGAGAAAUAAAAUGUAACUGUAAAAGUCUACAUCCCCAUAUACUGAAACUGGGCACCUCUAUCUUGGCUCCUUGUUCUUCAUUGUUGUAAGCUUUGUUCUUUGUCCAUGGCAAUCAGCAAAGAGAGGUGGAGAAAUAUAACCAGUGUUUCUGUUUCUCCUCCUUUAUUUGCACCAUGUAUCCUGAUUGUGUCUUCGCUGAACUGGAAUCGGUUGUCAUUUGUUACAUGUUUGAUAGAGUUUAAAUGGAUGGCAUAAAAGUGGGUAAACCAGUGGGGGGGUGUGGUUUGACCACCGAGGGAUCACUCACACUGAAUCACACACACUGACUCACACUUACCAGUAGCUGCCUGGAUGCCUCAUUCCCACAGGCAGAGCUGAACUUCCUCUCCCUGUCUCUCCCCUGCGCUUCUCUCUGUGACCCAGCAGUAAGUUCCUCCCAGCACAGUGCCCCCUUUGGCUGCACGUGGGAAUUCCACACACCUCUGUGCACUGCUGCUGCUUCGAGAAUCAGUGCUCCCAGCUUCAAUUUCAAUAGGGACACACACACGGGGAAGGAGCUUUGGCCACAUCUGCUCCCCCAACCCUAGAGAUGUCCAUGGGCACACCAAUCCGGCUACUCUUUUCACUCCGCCCCACACAACUCUUAUUUAAAGACAGAUCCAUUUCUUGUCAAUACCACAGCCCUGCCUAAGAUCGCACAAUCACAUAAAGGAUCCAUGCAUUGUCAGACCACACUGACAUAGCGUUAAUUAUGAAUAACCUUAGCGUAGCCUCCCCCUGGAAUUGGAAAUUUUACUCAUCGUUACUCCGAGAUCUCACAGUGAUGAAAACAAUCCAGAAAGAAAUACAAGAAUAUUUUAGACAGAACAGCUCCAGCUCUGAAACCAUGUCAUCAGCCACAAUAUGGGCAGCUCACAAAGCGGUAACACGAGGAACACUUAUACGACUUGCAGCCCCCCCCAAAAAUCACAAAUACUGUAAGCCUUAAUGAAAUCUCUGAAAACUCGAACAAAAACAUAAACAAAAUCCAUCCCUUGCAAAGCUCCGGGACUUGCAAGCAAUCAGAUCAGCAGACCAUGAGGCCCUACUAGAUGACACAGCCUGCUCUAUCACUUCUCAAAACAUUCUAUGAAAAAGCAAAUAAAACAGAUUCACUACUGGCUAGGACCUUAUGGCCAUGACACAGACGCCUUCAUAUCACACAAAGACAAAGAUACAAAGAUAAGCUACUGUCAUCUCCAACCGAUAUAUCUUGAGUCUUUACCGACUUUUACCAAUCCCUCUAUAACCAUACCCCACAAGACCAGAGAAAUGAGAUGGAAGAAACUGAUACCAUUAAAGCUUAUCUAUUCAAAAUGAACUUGCAGGGACUGACAGAUGAGGCAGUAGAAAUACUGAAAGGUGAUAUUUCGAGCGGCAAAGUAGAAUAUGCUAUCUCCCAGAUAAAAGGAAAAAAAUCCCCGGAUCCAGAUGGUUAUGAUUGCAGCUAUAACAAGACAUUUAGCAAAGAUCUGAUGCCACAUAUGGUCACAUUGUUUAACAACCUCUUGCAGGGAGACCCCCGGAUGGCAAUAUGUACAUCGCAAAUAUAGUCCUACUUCCAAAACCUGGAAAAGAUGACUCCGUCCAAGAAAACUAUAGGCCUACCUUACUUAUCAAUCAGGAUUGUAAGAUUUUAGCCAAAAUCCUAGCUGGACGCUUAAACCCUUUCUAUGACAACUUAUUCAUGCUAACUAAGUUGGAUUCAUCCCAGGCCAACAACAGUUUGAAACAUCAACAUCAUAUGGCAACAAAACAUCAUCUGGCAACAUGCCAAGCUGGGGGAGCCAUCCUUGAUCCUGUUGCUCGAUCCCGAGAAGACAUUCAACAGGGUGAGGUGGGCAUUCCUGUUUGCUCUCUGCGGGCAUUUGCGGAUCCCUGAACCCUAUGUCAAUGCAAUCGGAGAAAUGUAUUCAAGCAUUGGAGCACAAGUUAGACUAACCAGAACAUGUCGUUCCAAUUCGUCAAUGGGACUAGGCAAGGCUGCCCCCUUUCAUCAUUGAUAUUAAUACUAAAGCUUGAGCCCCGCCUCCACACAAUUUGAACCCGCCCAAAUAUCCAUAGAGUGAUAGUAGUGGGACAACUAUUGACGGUCUCAGGGUAUGCAGAUGACCUUUUGCUUACACUGACUCGACCUAUGAAAUCCAUGAGGGCCCUCAUGGAAAUACUAGAAGCUUAUGGAUACAAGGUAAAUUUUAGGCAAUUUGAAUGCCUUCCUGCUUAAUAGCUCAGAAACAGAUACAGCAGCAAUUAGAGACACAAGCACAAGAGACACAAGCACAGCAAAUCCAAAUAGCCCACAUAGCCAUCAGGUAUCUGGGAGUCUGGUUAGCAGCCAACUCAAAGCACCUAUUUUAACAAAACUACAAUCCACUGUUUACAUUUUUAAUAGAAGGCCUGGAAAAAUUGGUAGAUAAAACCAUAACUUGUUUUGACAGGAUUAGUUUAAUCAAAAUGAACACCCUCCCUCGCAUAUUAUUUCGGUUUCAGGCACUACCAAUCAAAAUUACUAAAGAAGAUCUAGCUCCUCUACAAAAAGCAAUAGGAACAUUUAUAUGGCAUAACAAAAGGCACAGAGUCUCACUUACUAUCCUAUACCAUUCAAACAUAACUGGUGACCUAGGAUUGCCACAUUUAUUCUACUAUUACUUAGCCGCCCAGCUAACACCGAAAGCGUUAAUGGCAAUCCCCUCCAGCCAAGAGAAGAUGAGUCGACCUAGAAACUUUAUUAAUACGCACUGACCUUAACCAAUUCUACAAAUAGGAAUCAAAAGAAUACAGAGCCUUCCUACACAUGAAAUUCCGAUCCAUAGUGAAUUCCCUCUAAGUCUGGGAAAAAUAUGCGGUGAGGUAUGGUAUAGUUUCAAACCCAUCCCCAUUGAUGGCGAUACUCAGAAACCAAGCCUUACACCUAGGGAUGAGGGCUUGAGAUUUAAAAAAAUCUAGAAUAUGCAGGCUGCAAAGAAUUACGCACAUAUUUCAUAGACAUCAUAUAAUCGCCUUUGAUACAUUGGCAGACAGAAUCACCCUAAAACUAGGAGAUUUAAAAAAAAAAUAUUUACAACUUAAAGAUUUUGUCAACCAUAAAAAUAUUCGAGAGGCAGCUCGUCGGCAUCUGACGUUCCUUGAGCAGAUGUGUCUGAGGGUAUCCUUCCCCAGGGGCUUACUAACAUCAACAUAUGCACACCUUAGCUCUAUGCACACCUUAGCUCCACGACAACAGAAUUGGGCGAGUUAAAAUACACUGAUCACUGGGACAGACCUGGGGGAAGAGCUUGAAGGAAUUAACUGGCAAGAAAUUUGGGAGGCAAACCUCAAUUUUCAUUACUAUUCAAAAACAAUCUUAUAAGAUUAUGUUCUGCUGGUACACCAGUCAGGUCCAACUAUAUCAUAUGUGGAGAACCCCAAAUGAUCUCUGUUGGUGAGGAUGCGGACUCAAGGGCACGUAUAUCUACUUGUGAUGGACCUGCCCAAUGGUUGAAACCUUCUGGAAACAUAGGGAGCUAGGGAAUUUAAUAGCACAGGUUUACCAGCGUAAUAUGGAAAUUGACCCAUGUUAUUCAUUUGUUGCCUAUACCGAAGGAUGACUGGACAACAACAGAUCAGGGACAUAUGCUGCCAGACGAGCCCUGGCACAUACCUGGCUGCGGCCUGAAACCCCCUCCCUCAACCUGAAAAUACAUAAAAUUAACAACAUAUACCUAAUGGACAAACUGACAGUGGAGGUAACCUUAAAAAAAUUUCCAUAAAGUCUGUGACACAUGGAUCGCUAGCAACCUCAGUGAUUAGGUUGAGGGAUGGGAGGACAGGACGCUUCCACACUCCGCCUUGAUGGAUGUCCUAGCCAGUGCAAAUACUCCACCUACAGACCUUGACCGCUAUAUGGCGAGACCGUAAGUACACUCACCCCAAAACCAUACACAGUGGACAUUCGUUGUGGCAAAUGUAACCUCGCCACUGGUUCCUGGAGGGGUCUGUUUGCCAGCCUCCUGCCCUGUGACUAUGGCCCCUGUAAUAGACUUUGGUUAAAAACACUGUUUGUGCCUUUUUGGACUUGUACAGUAACUCUUCGAACUCCCGCAGUGCUUCAAAGCGGCAUUUCAAACUCCAAACUACUGCAUGAAACCAAGACCACCCUGGAGCUUGUUAACACCUAUUAACAACUUGGAACAUUUCUCACCGCAGUGUUCUAAUUGUUCAUCUGGGUGGCCACUAUUCCUAUGGACAAACACGUGGUGGUGGCCAUCUUGACCGACCGCAAGCCCUGAUUCUCUGGAACUGUUUUGGGCAUGGGACCAUUCCUGCGGUCGGUCAAAAUGUGACUUCCAUAUAAUUCAUGAACCCAUGAACUGAUCUGGGUGAUUUUGGGAUAUGUUGUUCACACAGAUCAGGGCUAUCAGGGGAUUUAACAUUUGUGGGGAUAUUAUGUGUUUUGCGGUACUUUUGGGGUUUUAUAGAAAAUAGUUUUUUCUGCCUGGAGAUAUAUGUUAAUAUAGUAUCUGACUCAAUUAUCUCCCAGGCAGAGGGGAAGGAUUGUGUGCUGUGUGUGGAAGUGUCGUGCCUUGUGACCUUAUUGUUAUUGGUCUGUGACUUUGUAAAUCAGUCUAACAUCAGGUCCUUGUGGGUGUACCCCUUGCAUGGGGAUUGUCACAUAAGGCCAAGUGUGGCACCAUUAAAAUCAGUUCCUCUUCACCCUCAACAUAGAGCCCCAUCUCAUGUGUGGAGGGGACGGUUAUAUUCACUCUGGGGAUUGCUAUACUCCUUAUGCUUCCCUGGGUUCUAAUCACUAGCUCUUAUAAGAGCUGUUCCUGCUAUACUCUCUGGGGUAGGAGAGGUUCAGCCACUGGAAGCUGGAUCCUGGUCUUGGGUCCAGGGUGGGUAGAGGACGGCGAGACCCCAGCCAAAGCUAAGGGCUAAGGGGCUACAGUGCUUAUGGUGUCUGGUGGAGUGCUUGGAGUUCUCGGUGAGCACUAGGGGCAUCAUUUGCCGCAGGCACCCGGUCGGGGUGCCAUGUGGUCCGUCACAUUCAUCUUUGUACAUCUACCCAGAUCCCUGACCUACUCUCGAAGGAGAUACCACCCGCCCCCUUUUUUGUUUUCAUUGUUCCUCUCUAUGUUCUCUUUUUCACUAUUCACUCUUUACAAUCUACUUUUCUUACUUUGAUAUUAAAUUAUUUUAAAAAAAACUAUUGGUAAAGUGGGCACACCGAAAUACUCUCAUUAUGGCAUAGAAUUGUUUUUACCUAUAACAGUGAUACAUGGUUUGCGAUUACCUAUACCUGUGUAACUAAAACUGAGUAGAUCGACUAUUGCAUCACCUGCUAUGCCUGUAUAUCAUCAAGUUGCAAUACUAUGCCGAUACGAAAAAAAAAACAAAAAAACAAAACAAAAAAAACAGUAAACUAGUUCUAGGUGAUUUUCAGUGUUUAAUUCAAUUGUAUAAUAUCUAGAGAAGUGACUGUUCCUUUUUUAGGUAGUCUGUAAUGGGAGAAAUGGCUUCUUUUUAUUGUUUGCACCUAUUUGCACUUACAAUAAAUAACUGAGCAUUUUUUUUCUUUUUAAACAUUUUUGUGAAGAAUACUAAAAUCUAAUGGUCAAAACUGACAUAAAGAGAUAGUAGAGGUAAUAUUGUGAAUGUUAUGUGUGUGUGUUUAUAUAUUUAUAUAACAUUUAAUUUAUUUUCCUUUGAGAGAAAUAUUUAACUGUUUACAUACAUUUUACAAAUGUGUAAACUUUAAUUUAUUUUCCCCAAUCAGAGAUAGCCCUCCUCAUAUACCUGUGAAUGAACUGUCUACAAAAAUGGUAAUCGAUAUCAUUGGAAACAUGUCCACUACUAUUCACAGCUUUCUACCAGAUCUUCAGGUAUUUCCAGCACUCGGUAACCAUGACUACUGGCCCCAGGUAAUUGCAAUUUGUAACUUUGACAAGUGUUGAGUAUUUAUUAAGCUGUUGGUGUGAUAACAUUGCUAUUUGUUCACUGCCUGGUUAUUGCUAUCUAUUCCUAAAUUCAGUGUAGACCAAUAUUUUUGGACUACCGUUGGAUCUCAAUUUAUUUGAAAGCAAGUUUAUUUACCACCCUAAGAUAGAAUACCUAAGCAAAAUUGUAUGGGUAAGGAUCAACCAUGACUUUUAUACCGUUAGCAGAUAGAUAUUCCUUGCUUGCAUAAUUUUGUUGUUUUUUUUUGUUUUUUUUAUUAAUUUAUUUUAUAUAAAUGUAAUCUGCUGUACCACUUCUCUCUGUAUUAGUUCUUCAUUUUUUUUCUACUUCUGAAAAAGUGGUACAUCAGAUGUAAUUUUCUACAUCCUUAUGUGUAUUUAUUACAAUAGUAUAUUACUUUGUCAAUUGUAUGUUUUCAGCAAAUAAGAACAAUGUUUUUUUUUUUUUUAAAUCAUCUAUUGUUAUGCAACUAUUUUAAUUAUAAGGUUUGAAAAUGCUAAUCCUAGUUAAAAAAUAUAUGAAAAGUUUGUUUAUAGCAAAUUCAAAAUAAUUGAAUCGCAUGUUUAUCUCUAUUCAUGUUUUUAAUAAAAUGGAGACCUCCACCCUUUUCCUUGAUGUAAACUGUUAUAAACAUAAAGAAUAUAUUUAUAACAAGAAAAAAAAUCAAACUGGAAAAGUGCAAACAUAGAAACAUAGAAACAUAGAAUGUGACGGCAGAUAAGAACCAUUCGGCCCAUUUAGUCUGCCCAAUUUUCUAAAUACUUUCAUUAGUCCCUAGCCUUAUCUUAUAGUUGUUAUUAUUUAAUGUUAUUCAAAACACCAAACAAAAGCAAAAAAAUCUAAGACAAACAUGAUAAAUCUCCUAAAUGCAAGUAAGAAAAGCAUAGAGUAUGGAACUCUAUGAAAGACAUUUAAAUAAUAACAAUCAUUCUUAACAUAUAUGUAGAGAGAACAAACCAAUCAAUCACUUAUGAAGUCCCUAAAUACCAACUUUUUUAUUAGGAACCCACCAGCAAUGUUUAAUUCCCAGGACUUUUCUCAAUAUUUGACUAUUGACAAGGGAGUCGUAUCCUAACACGCAGGAAAGAGGAAACCUACAUAAGAUGGAUCCAAAAGACGUAUUACCAAACCAAAUAUACUAAACCUUAGAAUGGCCGGUCUUAACAUAGUAAUACAACAAGAAACCGGGUCAAGGACAGGAAUAACAGGAAUACUCGGAGUCAAGACAAAGCCGGGUCAGGAUACCAAAAAAUCAGGAGUUAAAUACGAAGCCGGUGUCAGGAUACCAAAAUCAGGUGUCAAAUACGAAGCCAAUGUCAAACACAGGAAAUCACAAGGGAAUCACUAGGAGCACAUAACGAGGUUCUAACAGAAACCACGAUAGGGCAUUGAAUAGGGGGCUACAACAAGUCUUAAAUAGGCUUACCUAUUUUCUUAUAGGUCCACAUCAUCACUGCGAUCCAAAACAGAUUAGAAUUGCAAUGAUGACAUGGCCACUUUAAGAGUGGGCGUGAUGUCACGUCCACAUCUAUAUAUAGAUGUCCUGCCACGCGGCUGCGUAGUUUGGCUAGACCCCGCAGCAGGAGGGCGUCUGCACGGCUCGAGGGAGGAGAGUCACCCUCAGUGUGCUGCGUGGAGCGGUCGGACCGUGCGGCAGGAGGGUGUCUGCACAGCUCGUUGAAGGUAAGUAAUGCCGUAACUAUACACUGUAAUUUUUAAACAAUACAUAGUUUGCUUUUUAUGUGAGAAUUAGGAUAUUUUCAUUGUAUUUUUCAGGAUCAGUUUCCUGUGGAAGCAAGCGAAAUAUACACAGCGGUAGCUGAAUACUGGAAGCCUUGGCUAAAUGAGGAAGCACUUGUAACUUUAAGGAAAGGUACUGAGAGUAUGCUGUUGUCAUAUGUGGUCAUUGUGGUAUUUUGAAAUACAUGCUGAUAAAUACUGAUGAACAAUGAAAGGAAAUCAUUGCGUUAGCAUUUUAAAGUUGAUACACUAAGCUUUUGUUUUGUAUUGCCUGUAAUGAGAAAACGAUAACAUUACAUUAUACUGGACUUCUCCAGUAUCUCUAUUUAACAUUGGAAUUUACAUUUCAUGUGGUAUUCAGUCAGCUGGAAAUGAGUCAGUAAUUCCCCUUUGUGGUACGUAUUUCAUGGUAACAGAAAAUCAAUGAUAAAUAAAAGAAAAUAACAGUAGGAUUAUCCAUAAUGUGACCCUAGGUAGCUGCUUCAGGCCCAGGGCUUUAGACAUGGGCCCCAUUAACUGUUCCUAUGUGAAGAAUGAAGAGGGGUUCAAACUGAUAAUCUGCCAUAGCCCAAUUAGGUCUUAAUCCUUCUGUGAUUAAGUAUCUCAAAUGUACUGGGUAGGUCUCACAUAGCUCUAACUCUAUAUAUGAAUAGUUUUUAUAAAAACUACCUUUGCAGCUAUGGGAUAGAUUUAUAUUACAUUCAUGCCAUGAUGUUUGCGUUAUUUUUAUAAAUGAAUAGAUUCCGAAUUCCAGAUCUUGGCUUGGAACACUACCACUUAAGAUGUUUACUUACUAAUGUUUCCAGUGCUUCACAUAAAUGACAAGUAUAUUUCUUCAAACGAUGUGUGUAGACUGUCCAUCUUGCAAAAGCAAAGUUUAUUAGGUAACCACAGCAAUCUUUAAAUUUUUGCUGUACUUAAAGGAACACUAUAUAAAUUACUUUAGCUAAAUAAAGCAGUUUUAGUGUAUAGAUCAUUCCCCUACCAUUUCACUGCUCAAUUCACUGUCAUUUAGGAGUUAAAUCACUUUGUUUCUGUUUAUGCAGCCCUAGCCACACCUCCCCUGGCUAUGAUUGACAGAGCCUGCAUGAAAAAAAAAUGGUUUCACUGUCAAACAGAUGAAAUUUAGCUUAAAUAAUUGUAUCUCAAUCUCUAAAUUUAACUUUAAUCACAUAUUUAGGCUCUUGCAGGGUCUAGCAAGCUAUUAACAUAGCAAGGGAUAAGAAAAUCUUAAUUAAACAGAACUUGCAAUAAAGAAAGCCUAAAUAGGGCUCUCUUUACAGGAAGUGUUUAUGGAAGGCUGUGCAAGUCACAUGCAGGGAGGUGUGACUAGGGUUCAUAAACAAAGGGAUUUAACUCCUAAAUGGCAGAGGAUUGAGCAGUGAGGCUGCAGGGGCAUGUUCUAUACACCAAAACUACUUCAUUAAGCUAAAGUUGUUCCGGUGACUAUAGUGUCCCUUUAAACAUGAGGUAGGUUGUAUUUAACUGCACUUAGGCAAAAUAACAGCCAAUAGCAGGAUUUAAUUCAGAUUUAAACAUCAGUUUCAGUGGUAUGGCGAAGCUUUGUUGUUCUCAGUUGCAGUACUGGUUCCAGUAGUAUUGCACGUGUGUAGAUAAGAAAGAUGAAUAAAAUGUAAUUAUUUUUUAUUUGAUGUUGGUUCUAGGGAGUGCUAUUUAGUGUCCUGUAGAAAAGACUAAUAGCACAGCCAUUUGUUCUGUAAAUGCCAUGGUAAAAAUGAAAGACAGAUAUAUGUAUGGAAAAAAGUGUUACUAUUGUAGAAUAGAUACUAUGUUAGAUUUAUAUGCAUUCUUGCACUUCUCCUAGGUGGAUAUUAUUCACAAAUCUACAAAUCAAGCCAGACUACACAAUCAUUGAGGAUUAUCAGUCUGAACACUAAUCUUUAUUACAGUCCGAAUAAAGUGACCGUAAAUAUGACAGACCCAGCUGAUCAAUUUGAGUGGCUCGAAGAGACUUUAAAAGCAUCUAGGCAAAAUAAUGAAAAGGUAUGGGGAAACGUGGAAUAUAAACAAAAUCAAAAUCACAAUUACAGUUUUAAUUUUUCAUUCACUUCCAAUGCCACCACAAUUCAAUUUAAAUCUUUACCUUUACCUUUAUUGCUUCUAAUAUUGGAUAAAUUACAUUUAUGGCAAAUUGCAUUUUUUGCAGGGCUAUUUACUAAAUUGAGAAGUGCUGGGAAUUCCAAGGGAAUUUAAAAAUUUCGGCCAAAAGUCCCCAAGUGCGUUCUGUUGUCAGUUUCGCUACAUUGGUUUAAAUUUCCAGUAACUGUAACUUUAGUGCAUUCACUUUUUUUUUUUUUUUUUUGUUCCAUAUAGUUUGAAAGACUUCUAUUUAGAAAUGUGAGACAAAACCAAAGAGCUAAGAAUUUACUAAUAAGUCAUGCAAAAAAAAGUUAAUUUAAAAGUUAAUCUACUACUUAUGUUGUUUUUUUUUUUUUAUUGUAUUGGUUUUAAAAACGUAUUAAUUUAUUACAGUUGAACUUAAUAAAUACAAGUAAUCUAUCUAGGUGCGCUGUGUCUCUAAGACAAAACCUAUUUUAAAGUGCAGCAAGUGUUAUAAUGUGCAGAAGUGCAAUUUUCAUUAAAGUACAUAAACCUCCCUGUUACUUAUAUAUCAAGGAUAGGCAACCUUUGGCACUCCAGAUGCUGUGGACUACAUCCCCCAUAAUGCUCUAACAUCCAUAAUGCUGGCAAAGCAUCGUGAGAGGUGUAGUCCAAAACAUCUGAAGUGCUGAAGGUUGCCAAUACCUGUUAUAUAUUGUGCAAAAUGUGGUUUAAAAUACAUAAAACACUCUAAAUUUCAUAUGGUGAUCUUCAUAUAUCACAACAUAUAUAAAAAAAGAAAGAAAGAAAGAAAGAAACAGGAUACAAAUAGUGUAAAUAUGUAUAACCAUAAACCCAGAAUAUAAUGGAUACAGUAUACAUUCACAAAAGUAGAGCAGAUAAGCCUGCUCUAACUGUGAUAGCUCCAAAUGACAUUCCCUCCUCGGGUAGAAAAUGACAGAGGCAGUCGAUCCACUUUUUCUGAUUUAUUGCACAAAAUACCAUACAGCAGCUUCGUCCAGAAUCCCUCCUUUUGGCAGCAGUAUAACAGUUGCUUUUAAUCUACUUUUCUUACAAAUAUGCUCAGUAUACCUGCUCUAUCAUCAGUAGAUGUUGAUGGAGACAUGACUUUUUUACAACUGAAUAUGAUUUCCUUUUUUGUGUAGGUAUACGUUAUUGCUCACGUGCCAGUUGGAUUCUUGCCAUUUGCAGCUUUCACAGCUGCAAUGGGAGUAAAUUUUAACGAGAGACUGGUGAAAAUCUUCCGAAAUUACAGUGAUGUUAUUUCCGGGCAGUUUUAUGGACAUACUCACAGAGACAGCAUCAUGGUCCUCCUAGAUGAAAACAAUGGUAGGACAAUACACAUGAUACAUAUAUGGUGUUAUUACAAUUCUCCAAGUUUUAAUAUAAUUCUUGUAAGGAUGUAGGAAAUAUAAGCUUUAGAUUUUAAUAAGUACUUUGGAUAAACCCCACACCACCAAAAAUAAACUACAACCCAAAAAGGAUAUAUUCUAGUGUUAUUCUUAAUGGGACACUCUAAUAACUCAUGGGCACAAUCAUAACUAUGAAUUUUAAAUCAGAUUCAACAGUAAUUUAAUGUUCAAUUUCAUAAUACUGUAGGCAAAUAUGAAUAAUGUAUGUGCUACAAAGAUGUAAAAGCCAAUUUAGUUUUUGUCUAAAUGCAUUGCCACUGCUUUUUCUCUGUUCUGGUACCCUAAUUUGCAGGUGAGUGUGUUCAAUAAACUGAGCACUGGUCUUCAUAUAUGCUCCACAAUCAUACCUAUGUGCCUUGCAAGCGUGGUGCACUGAGGGUAGGGUUGCCAUUUAGCCAGUAUUUUACUGGCACAGAUUCGAGGCUGUUUGACCGGUGCUUUUAUUGCAAAACUACCUCCAAUGCAAAGACCAGUAUUUUUCGGACAACACUUUGAUAGAGUGGUAAGAGAAAUUGAGCGAAUAUCAUCCUCUAGUACACAUGGCAGGUACACACAUUGGUAUAUGCACACAAUGACACAUAAUGUGAUACACACACACUCAGACAACACUGUGCACACACUGUUAUAUACACACACUUACACAAUGAAACUUACACACUUACACAUACACAGUGCCACAUACACAUAUCGUAAGUACUUUAUUAGUGAUUUAGGGAAUAUUAUAAUUUUUAUUUCUUUUAUGUUGUGUCCUGUGAUGUCAUGCAUACAUAAGUUUGUUAAUUCAUAUGGCUUCCUCCCAAAAAACUAACAAAACACAAACUGUUAUAGCCGCUAAGGGAUGGGGCACAACUCUAUAUUAAUAUCUAUAAUUUUGGAAUGGGAUUUUCAACAAGAUCAUACAGAUGUGAUAGCCAGGUGUCAACAUGCUAUGAGCCAUAUAUAUCUUAACCUUCUCCAGUCCCAUAUUUGACCCAUAGUAGCCCUUACUUUAUACAUCUUCUGAAAUUCCAGUGUCUAUAUUCAUUUUAAUAAAGAUUCUAUGCUUAUGGGAACACAAAAGUGUAUUCUUUUAGUUGCAUUAACUUCUUUCCUUUAACAGUUCUGAAAAAGCCCUCCUCCAACCUAAACUUCGUUUUAAAGCAUUUUGAAUAGAUUAUAAAUAAACUUCAGUUCCAGCUCUGACAUUAAUGAAUCUGGUUUCCACUUUGCAGUCAAUAGAAAUGGUGACCAAUUAUUUAUUUGGGGUGCUAAUCUGGUCUGAGAAGUAAUGAAGCAGUGUCUAAUGCAAGGAAAGAUCUCAAACCAAUUACUUUUCUGGUGCCUCACUAAAAUUCAAGACAGCCCUGUGCAAGAGCAGGGGUAAUGCUGUGUAGUUCUUUGGGCCAGGUUUCUUUGUACAGCCUACUAUGUCACUAGGUUUGUCAUUUUUAAUGACUGAUAGAUGUGAAGGGAAGGGUUUCUGAAGAAGUUGUGCUUGUGCAGGCGACUACUUCCUCGACACCAAACGUUUCAUACCAUGUCUUCCUUGACCCUCCUUUCUAUACAGGGACACUGUCAGGAUUACUGUUUGAUCCAGCACGUAGAACUGUACAGCAUGGAUGACAAAUAAUUAACGUAUUACCGGUCCUUAGAAUGGCCGGAUUUAACGUACAAAGAAUAGUCAAAAAUACUAGCCGAGGUCAGGGAACACAGAAAGGGACACAGCGAUGAGGAAAGCCAGGAGUCAGGAUACCAGAAUAUAGAGAAGUCAAUAAACAAAGCCAAAGUCAAAAACCAGGUAGAAAACUAUAAACAGGAACGUGCUCUCGGACAACCACAAGGGAAACCACGACAGGGCACUGAGCAGGCUGAGAACUGGGCCUAAAUACCCCUCCUUUCUUUCUGAUAGGCUGUAACCGGCCUUUGACCCCAAAGUCAGUUACCAGGUUUCAUUUGCAUAAUUGCUGCUCAGCGUUAACCCUUCUGUGGUUUAGGUUGCUGCUCGGCACAACUUUUCCUGCGUGGACAGUAAAUGUCAUUAACCACUUUUCUAUAAGCGGAUGAAUACAUGAGACCAAGUUUCAUUUGCACAAUUACUGCUCAGCAUUAAACCUUCUGUGGAUUAGGUUGCUGCUCGGCACAACUUUUCCUGUGUGGACAGUAAAUGCCAUUAACCACAUUUCUAUAAGCGGAUGAAUACGUGACAGACACAACCUUGCUGGUACAAACUGUAGCAAGAAAGUUAGAAGUGCCAAACUGUACUUACCUUUCUCAAGCCAUUUUUUAAGAAUGGGGACCUACUGAAUGCUCUAAGCCAAUCAGCAGUGCCUCUGCCUGGCGGCAGUCCAUGGCUUCCUCUAGCUGAUUUUCUGAAAGCAAAUUUGGACAGGGACAAUAAAGGAAUUGUGCUGGAGCCAACUUUUGGGUUAAACCGUUUGUGAACAGCUUAACCCCUAAAGUUAAGGAAGCACCAGGGACCUCCUUGCACCAUAACUUAAUUUCUAUGACUUUCUUAUGUUGUCCUAACUGUGUGUGGGGGACAGAUGGCAAAAUUAUGUAUUUAAAUAAAAAAUAAAAAACUUAUAUCCCCCUCCCUUUUUACCUUUGGCUUUGGAGGGUGGAGAAUAUAAGGCAAGCCCUGGCAGUCCGAACAGUAUUGAAUCAUUUGGAAAGCCUAUUAAAUAAAGGACAAAGUGAGGUGUCAUAAGGAUAGUGACUGAUCUCCUGCUGUAUUUGUACUGCUCAGCACUUGGAUAAAAAGAAUGUAAUGGAAGAAAAGGGGAAACCCUUAAUGGCUCCAAAAGAUGGAUGAUAGAAGAAUUGGAAGUGGGGAAAGAAUGGGAAAUACGAGUUGAUGGAAGUCAGAAAUGAGGAAAGAGGGAGAGUGCAUGGAAUAUUGGAAAAAUUAUACUAUAUUCAAUGUAGUUAUCAAAAUGUAAAUUUAUUUGGGGAAAUAGUUAUUUACAGCACAUUUAUUCAUUAAUUAUCCAUUGUCUUGCAGAGAAGCCAGUUGGAUCAGUGUUUGUGGCUCCAGCUGUGACACCAAUAAGAUCUUUAUCAGAAAGUGAUGGCAAUAACCCAGGAUUCAGGUUGUAUCAUUAUGACACCGGUUGUUAUAAUUUGUUGGUAAGUACAGAUUAUUAAGCAGUGAUUUGUUUAGAUGUUUACUGAUCUCUGCUAAUCCAAACCAUAUGUGUAUCUUCUAAUAAAACCUUAAAACCUAUAAAUAUUAACAUGUAUUCACCUAUGUUUGGGUCCUAAAUACUUAAAAGUAGUUGGUGUAUGUGAUGAGAAUGUAAUUUUACAUAUCAAGCUUUUUAACAGGACUAUUUUCUCAUUGGGUCCAGGUUGCUCUUAGAAAUGUAUAGGAGUGAACCACUACUGCAAAGGUUGUAGAGUGGUGUGUUGUGGUUAGUGCUGCUGUAAUUUCCUUAUUACAGUCCAAUGCUCCCCCACUAGCAGCUACAUAGGGACAAGCCACACAAUCUCUACUGGACAACCGUUUGAUUUCAUCAAUGCUUGACAGUGCUGUGAAACUUAGAGAUGCCAGGGAAAUUAGAGAUAACUACACUUAAUCUGUGAGGGAGGAUGAGAACUGAGCAAUUGAGUGUCUGUUACACCCCUCCCGAGGAGGACUCAUGAGGAUGAUGGGAUAUGUGUUGGGAUAUCUAUCCUCCAUUAUCUGACAGGUCCCACAAACCAGGAGGGAGGAGACAAAUGCUUCUUAAAGUUAAAACAUUGCACCUCUGAUGUGCCCAGGCAUUUUUAUGUUUUAGUUUGCACAGAAUUAUCAGAGGGCCACCAUGAAUUAAGAAAGGAACUGGGCACUAACGUCAGCAGGAUACCCAGGUAAGUCCCAGGGGCGAGGACGGCUGGGCGAACUAUGCCGCCCUCCGGCGUUUAGGGACACCCUUUUCACCCCUUAAGGACCAAACAUCUGGAAUAAAAGGGAAUCAUGACAUGUCACACAUGUCAUGUGUCCUUAAGGGGUUAAGGACGGCAUAGUAUGCCCGCCGUCCUUAAGGGGUUAAGAACAGAGGCAAUUGUCUGUGUCUUGCUAAUGAAAUUCUCUAGAUUUUCUGCCUGGGUUGUCAAACAGGUCCCUCAGUUUAUAAUUAAUAAAAUCAUGUAAAAAUAAUGAAUAAAUAUACAUGUACAAUUAAAUUAUUUAUUUUAACAUCAAGUAAUUUUACAAAUUUUAUAUUGGAGGAGUUGGCUGACAACCCUGGGUUUUGAAUCUGUCAAUCACGCCGAUCUGAGUCAUGUUAGCGCUUUGUCAUCGCGAUCAGAUGAUGUGGAUGGGUAGCAUUGAGUGCAGACAUGUGAAAACCUGAGAAACUGGUUUUCCAGUUGCACAACUUUACAGAAUUACAAGCAAGCUCUUUGAGUUGAAAUAAUGAAAUGUUCAACACAAUGCUGUAAGGACACUUUAUAUAUAUACUCCUACAGUCUGUUCUUGCAUUCUGAGAUUAGUCUGUACUUGUGUUGAAUUUAAAACAGAAUUCUGCUUUGUGUAUUUCAGGAUCUUUGGCAUUAUUACUUAAAUCUUACGGAGGCAAACUUGAAAAAAGAAGCUAUUUGGAAGCUCGAAUACAUCAUGACUGAAAUAUACAAAAUUAAGGAUCUUCAGCCUGAAAGUUUGGAAGAACUUAUACAGAGAUUUAGAAAACCAGAUAGCAUUGACUUUCAAAACUAUUAUAAAAACUAUGUAGUGCAUUUUGAUUCCAUUAAGGGUUGUGAUGGAUUAUGUAAAGCAGUACAGGUAUGCUCAAUACAAUAUCUGGACCGAGAUUCCUAUAUAAAAUGUUUAAAAAUGUACAAACUACAAUAGUGACCCCAUUAUAACCAUGCAAUAGUAAAGUCUACAUCUAAUUUCCAAUGUCAGAAUGAGUGGAGCCGGAGUGGCUAUUAAUGGUGGGCAGACUUUUGUGCUCGUGAAUAUAUGCAACCCACCAAUCUAAUCUAUCUCUGGUAAAAAUUAAACACACACCUUUAAGAAAAUUUAAAAUUAAUAAGUGUACAUUCUCUCCAAUCAAAAUUGGAAAACUAAAGAUUAAAAGAAAGGAAAAAAAAAAGAAAAGAAAAAUGUAACUCCCAGGGCAUUUACCAUAAAAAUUAACCCUAUUAGCUGCAUAUGAUGCACCCACAGGAAAGUUGAACUAAAAGGCAUAUCAGUCUGCUUACAAGCUGUGGACCACUGGGACAGGUCAUUUGGAUGUGUGACCAGGUGAAGUGAGAUGGCAUUUCUCCUAUGGGAUCUGCAAUGUGCUUUUAGUACUGAUGUGCAAUUGUAAGAAUUGUCUAAGCCAAAGCAGAAUUUCACUAUUGUGGCAUGCUAUGAUUUGAAGACACAUGAAAUAUACUACCCGUGGGGAUAGACUGUGAAAUGCCAUUUUAUUUCCACUUUUGUAUGCAGAAACUAGGGCUCAUUUUGCAUGGUCGAUACCCUGUUAGGUUUUUUUUUUUCUAUUAGGUUUUGUAAUUUCCUUUAUGUUUGGUAUUGUCUUGUAAGGAUUGAGAGGAGUCCUGGGGAGUACAGCCUUUUAAUUAUUUUAAAAUUUAGUUUUGUGUUAAAAUUGUGUCUGAUUGUGCUUGAAUUGAUUAGUCAUUACAUUAAUGCAUACCCAUUUGGGAUAUGUCUCUGUGUCAUGAUGUGUUUGAGCUGCCUGUAUUAACUCACCAGCACCCCAUAAGUACUAAACCUUCCAAUGUGUGUUUUCUACAAGCAUCAUUAAACAAAAUGGUAUGUUCAUGGCACUAGGUACCUGCAUUGAGCACUGAAACAGAGCACUGAAACAGAAGGCCUUCAUUGACUGGCCUUACAUGAUUCACAGGCAGGAUUCACCCCAGUCUGUCCUAUCAGUAAUUCAGGCAAAGCCAGUGAUGUGAUUCUUCUCAGGAACUCUGGAAUUGGGAGGUAUCCAAUAAGAUAUAUAAAUGGAUGGAAUUCAUUCUGGAAUUUACUUGAGCAAUAAAUAAUAUGUAAGCCUAUUUAGACUUGCAAUGAUUACCUCACUAGACCAGGCUAUUAAAAGAUAACAAUACUGAAAUCCAUGCAGAAAAGCAAUAUUCUUUUAAUUGUAUUUCUUGAAAAGGUAGAAAACAAUAAUCUGUAUAUAGUGAGUUAUGGAUGUGCUGUAGAGGUUUGGGAUUUAUAAGUCAUUGUCAUAAUCUUGUAACAGUUUGCAAAGUAGCCCUAAAAAGUAAAAUCGUGAUAAUCUGAUUUAUGAAUGGAAUGUGCAUGAAGAAUUUCCCAAUCUACUUAUGACUAUACUUUUGCAUUUUUUGUGCAUUUGUUAAUUGUCAGACCCGUUUUAAUCAUUUCCAGUUUUGCAACUCCUCGAAAUAAUGCAUUAAGUCAUACCAGACAAUCCUUAAGGUAUUUGCUUGCUUUUCUUGGUGAUGACUGAAUUUAUUUACAUAAAUAAAUCGUAAGCCAAGUUGAACGAGGUCAGCAUUAAAUUUAGGCAAAUGUAUUCAUAUGUAUGCAGACUAAUUUACAUGCACCUUCCCUGCAGUAUAAAAACAAAUAAUUUUAUUAGGUGUGUAUUACUGAAUCCUACAUUUCCACGAGUUUAAAACAAAAAUCUUUCAGAAUUUCCAGGUAAAAAGUAAAGCAUAGUUAAUACUCUGUAUAAUAUACCUACAAAUAAUGUUUUACAUAGUAUAGAUAGAAAGUCCCAAGUAGUUCUUGGUAUACAGUCAAAACCUUGAUAGUAUUUUAGUGUUCUCACCAACUUGGAUAUAUUCAAUAAUAUGUAGAAUGAAAAUAAGCAACAAGAAGCACAAAAUAGUGUGACACUGCACGGGUCAAGGGUAAUGAUUUGAAAUAGAUAAAAAUGCACUGACAGAAAAGGAGCUAUCUAUUAGCUCUCAUGUAUCAGUGUCUGACAAUACAAUCCUUGUCGAAGGAUAUGUGAUGGAUGAUCAGGUAGAGACUUUUCAGAGAUGUGGAUAUGACCGCCAAAAGGCUUGGACUUCUUACAUAUAAUACACAAACAUAAAGGAAUCCAAUAUUGGAAUUCAGGAAAACAUCAAAAUUAUAGGUAUAAAAGAGAAUAAAAAUACACUCGCAAACAAAGAGCUUCCAAUUUAGCUCUUAAAGGCAUGAAGCGCUAUAAUCCCUGCUCACAGAUGUAGCUGGGAUUGAGUAAUCAUACGAUAUAAAACAGAAUAAGAAUAAAUAUAGUGUUCUCUGUUUGUGUUAAUCACUAUUUUUAAACAAGAAGGAAAUAUAUUUGCAUUUAUAGGAGCAGAUGUAUGCUUAAUGGAAACAGUGUGGGUAGUAUACUCCCCUAUCUACCUAGAUAAAUACUACCUACCUUUGAUAAAUUAGAAAUGGUGCAACAGUGCCAGCAAAUCGCAAUGUGUUUCUCCUCACAGGCUUUUUUAAGUGACCUGUUUGAUUUGAGAUUAAGUAUAUGAUUUAUUUAUUUUAUUUCUUGUCUGGUUAUUUACAAUUAAAAUUGGGUAUACUAUUGUGAGAGAAAACAGCAGUCUGAGGUUUCUCAAUUAAAUGCCCCAUGGAGAGAUGUUUAUUGGAGCAGGAAGUUAAACCCACAUGAGAAGGACUACCCCAUUGUUGAGAAGGAAUGUCUGUUGGGUAGAACAUUCAGAUUGAUAACGGACCAUGCACCUCUUACAUGGAUGUGUCAGAACAAAGAGAAUAACUCCAGGGUAACCAAAUGGUUCCUGAGUUUACAAUCGUUUCAUUUCACUGUUGAACAGGAGGGAAGGUCUAAAACAAGGCAUUGCUGAUGGGCUUUCCAGGGUAUACUCUCUGAUGUCCAUGGUUGCUCAAACCCAUGGGUUUGAGCUGGUGGGGAGAAUGUGUGAGAUAAAAUGUGGAAUGGUUGUUGAGGGAAGAUAUAUUAGGCCUGCUUUACUAAACAGCAGCCUGAGGUUUCUUAAUUAAAUGCCCUAGGGAGAGAUGUUAGGUUUCCAAGAUACAUUGCUGGUACUCUGCAAACCACGGUAAGGGCCCAUUGGGCGGAGCAUUUGGAGAGCAGGGUGGGCCAGUGCUCCAAUAGCACUAGCUGCUAUGUAACAGCCAGACCAGGACUUGUGUAUAUACCUUAGACAUUCCAGAGACGUGAACUAAUUAAUACUCACCUGUUACUGGUCAAUUAGCAGGCAGGCUUUUAAAAGAAAGGAUCAGCCUACUGCAGAGUGAGGGGAGGAAGAGCCAGAGGAAUGGUGUGUCUUGCAUGUAUAUUUUUGUUAUUGGUAAGUGGGAAAGCCACCCAAUUCCAGAUAGUGAUUACUGUGUUUAGUAAGUGCUCAAACAAGAGCAAGGAGUUUUGUUUUGUUUAUUUUUUAUUUUGAAGCACCUGUAUAUUUUGCACCAAAUAAAUCGGGAAAACUGAACUGGAUGUGUCCUGGACUUUGACUACCCUAGAAGGCUGUGGUUACCAUAAGAUCUUUGACAAAAUCUUACCUGUAAAAGAGGUGGUUUGUUACACUAUUCAAACAUAUUUUUAUUUGGCUCUGCUUUCAUUUGACCACUCUCGCUAAUGCUAUCAAGAAGUAACUUCCUACAACCCACCAAGUUUUAGUCCAUAUUUUUUUAACACAUCAUGGACUCUAUACUUUCUCUUUGCACUGUGCAGUGACACAGGUAUCACUUGCCACUUGCACACAGCAUUCAUACCCUGUACACAGCAUCAUUGCUCUGCACACUGUAUUCAUACAUGAUAUUCACAUACUGCCCUCAUAAUUCACAUUAUUCUUACAAUUUAUUCUUUUUGAGAUGUAAAUCCAGCCUGUCUACCAAGACACAUGCCGGCAUGGGGCAUGGAGAGUGACCAGCUUACGGUAGUUAAGUAGAUGAUUGAUGUUGCUGAGUAGGUCAAUCAAUAGAGUCUUUAAGGACUAUCUUGUUAUGACAACAUAGAUGACAAUAACUCGAGCUCAGUAAAGGUAGAAAAUGAAUGGGGCUUAACCUACGCUAUCCACCAGGAGACCGUUAUGAAAAAUAUAUAUGUAAAACAGGUUAUGGUAUGUGCUUUAUAAUAAAGUUAAAAUGUUUUGCCUCAUCUCUUUCUGAUUAUAUCUAUCAGCAGUCAUUAUCUUUUGUGGUAUUGUAAUUUUUUUUUCUUUUCUUUUCUUGUUUUUUUGUUUUUUGUUUUUCUUUCUGCUGUCUUCAUUGGCCAUAUCAGUGGGUCUCUUAAUCUCAGGCUCUUUGAUUCCUUGAACACUACAAUCUAUUUCACCUUUUAUGGAUAUUUUCUUGAUAAGGACUUUCUUUUACUCCCUUGUUUGUUUCUUCAUAUUGUCUUAAUUUUGCUUAUGGUAAUUCCGCAUGUAGAAAUGCAUAUUGUACUUUUUGCACCAUUGUAUACUCUGACUAGAUAGAUCAAUAUAUUCACCCACUCAAGCCAAUUGUAAAUACAUGACAUAUGCAUAGUUCCCUUUUCGGGAUAUAUGCGUUAUUAACCCCCUCAAAACAAGAAUACUCAGACACUUUCUUUUGAGAACGUUAUCACAGCUUUAUUAUUAAUAAACACAUUAUUAAAGGUCAACAUAUUUUAACAUGAUCAACCCCAGCUCUUUUAACAAUUCUACCCUAACAAUGACCCCCAUAACAAACAAUAUUACCAUAUAUUAACAUAUAAAUAACAUCUAACCACUUAAACCAUUGCCACUGAGGGCAUGAUUUUCCAUCUUUCACCAUGUAGGGUUAUACCAAGAUACACCCUACACACACCAGGUUCGGAGCUACUGACGAGCUCGAACCAACCAAUAUCUAUCCAAACCUAACAGUUCUAGACAAACAACCUACACCCCAACUUGUUUAUCCAAUCCCCGCCACAGCUCAGAGCUCGAACUACCUGAGCGCGCCACCAAAAACAAAGCCCGCUGCAGACCCUCCUAAAAUCCUAACAAGAAAUCUAUACACACGUCUGAAAGAUGCACCCCAUCCUGCCUAUAAUAACCUGCAAGAUGCGCUUCCAACUCUUGGUGCCAAACCACAACACCCCCAAACCCUCUAACAUAGGUAGCCAACAACUUAUUUACCUUCCCUCUGCUCUAGCCACUGCCCUGGGAUCCCUGGUGUGACGCCAUUGCGACCGAGGAACCAUCUCAGACCAAAUGACAACUAUGACAGGGAUCAACUGCCUCAGCCUCUCCAAAUCCUUCUUCAUCCUGGUAAUUAAGUCUCUCUGAGAAACCAGCCCCAAGUCAUUCCCUCCUGCAUGUAUUAAAACCAAAUUAGACACCAGACCUUCACUAAUCAACCUGAACAGUGUAGAACAGACCCCCUGUCACCAGCCCCCCUGAGACCAAACCUCUGAAGUUGCGGAGUAAUUAAAUGACCUCCAUUUGUUUAAAUAUACAUAGGGAUUUAGUAGAGGGCGCAGGUAACUUUUUCUUUGGUCCCAGUUUUUCCAAACAUUUUCGUAGGCCGUCCAGAUGGACGGCGCCAGCACCCCUUUGAGUCCUCCAAGCAAGAGGUCCUGAGCCACCACACCUCCUCCAUACAUUGCACACCAUCCUCCUGCGUGCCUGUUGCCGCUCCCUGGAACCAUUCCCACUGAAAUUAAGAAAGCGAAUCAGCCACAGCAUUCUGCAACUUUGGAACAUGCCGAGCACAGAACACCACAUUGAACUGCCUGCAAACCAAUACGAAACGGCAAAGAAGCCGAAUGACGGAUAGAGGAAGCAGACAACCCAUUACUGACAUGUUGUCAGUGAAGAAGAUAACUUUUUUGUCGUACAACAGGCGACCCCAUAACGCAAAGGCCAUCACCAAGGGGGAAGAACUCCAAGAAUGCCAAAUUACGAAUGAGGAGAAUGGCCUUUCACUCGUCUGGCCAUGGUUCCGCACACCAGCGCAACGCAAAAAACGCACCAAACCCAAGACUGCCCAACGCAUACAUGAACAGAUCCAAUUUGGACGAGGAAACUGCCAGCUCCCAAAAGUACACUCGUCAAUUAAAAUCCUGGAGAAAAAACGUACAGACAUCCAAAUCUGCCUUCUUUGGCACCACCCCCAAGGUGAUCACCGAAGAUCGCGCAAUGGGGGUUCCCGAAAUGGCCCAGCAAUCCUCACCAGCUGCACGCCAAAACUUCGGCCAAAUAACAAAACAACUGUGAGCAAUGGUCGGGGGCUUUUCCCCCAUGACAAUCGCCAAGAUGCAAAAAGCCCCCAACCAAUUCCCCAAAGUUUUGGGAAUCUUGCGGUAGUGGCGUUGCUUCUCCUACUCUUUCUUAGCAUCCUUUUUAUCCUCCUCCAUGUCCAGAUUGUCAUCAAGAGGGAGAAGAGAAAAGAUUUUGAGGAAUUCCCCUUUCCAAAUCUGCUUUUUUACCUCGGACUUGAGGUGACAACCCAAUGGCCCUGCAACGGAGACGUGGACAUUUUGACGUGUUGCGUCUGGAAUCCCCCCAACCAGGUCAACCACCUCUGACUCCCUAACUAAGAUAAUUCCCCCACUGUCGGCGGUGCGACCGGAUCCCCAGUGCCCUGCCUACCACCCACCGGGACUGCCUCCGCGCCCGCACUCUUCUGCCCAAACCCCCACUCCAAGACUCCAGCAAAGAUUUGAGACCCUCGAAAAGAUCCCCAGACUGUUUAAUAGAAGACAUCAUCCGAACCUCUGGCCGUCAAAAGCUGCAAGGCUGCUGCCCGGUGUCCAAUGUCCAAGUCCAGGUGCGACAGCACCUCCAGCCGCAGGUCCACUUCCUGAGGUCUAACCCAGACCGAGGGUGACCUGGAAUGAGAAAGCACAGUGGGUAGGCCGUGUGACCGAUUCCUGACCUGCCUACUCUCACACCUUGCCCUGCUCACACAUCCCCUGCUGUGGCCGUCGUAAUGGUCCCUAGGGCCGUAACCGCCCCUCCCCGCUCCUUCCUCAUAGCCCCUGGGGGAAUUCUUGCCAGAUUAACCUGACCUGCUUCGCCUUCCCUUUCUGUCGUCCUAACAGGGGAACCCUGGCGACCUCCUCGACCUGGAUCCCUGGGUGAUCCACUGCCAUGGCUGCGCCUCUGGUCCCUAUAUCCGCUCCGAGACCUAUCCUGCGUCCUGUGCCUAUCAGCGCCCCCAUGGAUCCAACAUGCCUUUCCUGAGUGCGGCCGUUAUAGCCCACUCGUACAGGAGAUCUGCUUGA